AUGGAGAGGAGGGAGGGGAGGGGGGAGGGAGGAGGGAGGGGGAGAGGGGAUGAGGAGGAGGAGUGGAGGGAGGGGGAGGGAGGGAGGGGAAGGAGGGAGGGGGAAGAGAGGGGAGGAGGAUGGAGCGGAGAGGAGGGGAGGGGAGGGAGGGAGGGGGAGGGAGGGGAGGGGGAGGGAGGAUGGAGGAGAGAGGGAGGGAGGGGAGGAAGGAGGGGGAAAGGGAGGGAGGGAGGUAGAGGGAGGGAGGUAGAGGGAGGGAGGGAGGGGGAGAGAGGGGAGGAGGAUGGAGGUAGAGAGAGGGAGGGGAGGACGGGAAGGAGGGGGAAAGAGGGGAGGAAGAUGGAGGUAGAGGGAUGGAGGUAGAGGGAGGGAGGGAGGGGGAGAGAGGGGGAGAGAGGGGAGGAGGAUGGAGGUAGAGGGAGGGAGGGGAGGAGGGAGGGGGAGAGAGGGGAGGAGGAUGGAGGUAGAGGGAGGGAGGGAGGUGAGGAUAGAGGGGGAGAGAGGGGGGAGAGAGGGGAGGAGGAUGGAGGUAGAGAGUAGGAGGGAAGGGGAGAUGAGAUGUGACCUCUGAGCUAACAGUAGACUGCAGGCGUUACCACGCAGUAGCUAUAGCUCUGAACCAACUCAGUCCGGCUGUCAACUUACUCCUGACAGUUGUAAUAGCAGAAUGCACAACGUGCAGUUUCUAAAUUGGGUCGUACAUCAUCAGUUCCUCUUGUCAUGUCAGUCAUUGCAUACCUCAGAGAGCUAUUUAUAACUUGUCAGAAAUGUCCAGAUCAACUCAGCCCAUUUUUCAGAAUAGAUGUUAAUAAUCCUAUCCUGCAUGGUCCAUAAAUGUGUGUCCUACAUGGUGUAGGACACACUGAGACAGAAUAGAUGCUUAAGUACUGUAAAUACUAGAAUCUAUAGUUUAUAUAAUUUUACUUUGGUAAACAGCAACAUCAGUUUGUUUAUAUGAAACUUACACAUGCUUUGAACCUAUUUUCCUGUAGGAGAUUAUAUUAAUGCUGCAAAACAAACACAUUGAUUCUCUGACUGCAGGAUUCUACAGGAAAGUGCAUUACUGCGGCCUGAUAUGAAAUAAACAGACGUUUUCACACGGUGACUCCGGUAAUGUAGCUAAAGCGUCUCUAAUGAGCGCCUCUAAUAAUUAUUGUCUCGGUUUCUCGUCAAACUGACACUCUGCAGGAUAGAGAUUGUCUAACUUCUAUCUCAAGACUGGCUGCUAGCUGGCUGAAUGAUGUGUUUCAGGGCCUAAUCCCAGCCUGUCAAAAAAACGAGCAGGUUCAUUUAGCUUCUCCUCCCUCUUUCGUUUCACACCUCCCUUCUUUCUCACACCUCCUGCCUUCUAUGAGUUCUCUCUCUCUCCGCAACACAUUCACUCCUUCAAUACCUCCUGCACUCUUUCUCUCUUCUCCUCUUCUGCUCUCAUUUUUCUCUCUUUGCCCUCUGUCUAUGAUUGGAUUCUAUUUCCAGGAACUAUUAAUGUCUGUGUCUCUUGUGUCUCUUGUGUCUCUUGUGUCUCUUGUGUCGGUGCCAUUUGUGUUGGUGUCUCUUGUGUUGGUGUCUCUAGUGUUGGUGUCUAGUGUUGGUGUCUCUUGUGUUGGUGUCUCUUAGGUUGUUGACUCUUGUGUUGGUGUCUUGUGUUGGUGUCUCUUGUGUUGGUUUCUCUUGUGUUGGUAUCUUGUGUCGGUGUCUCUUGUGUUGGUGUCUUGUGUCGGGUGUCUCUAGUGUCGGUGUCUCUUGUGUCAGUGUCUCUAGUGUCGGUGUCUCUUGUGUUGGUGUCUCUAGUGUUGGUGUCUUGUGUCGGUGUCUCUUCUGUUGGUGUCUUGUGUCGGUGUCUCUUGUGUCGGUGUCUCUUGUGUCGGUGUCUCUAGUGUCAGUGUCUCUUGUGUUGGUGUCUAGUUUAGCUGUUUCUUUUGUUGGUGUCUUGUGUCGGUGUCUCUUGUGUUGGUGUCUUGUGUCGGUGUCUCUUCUGUUGGUGUCUUGUGUCGGUGUCUCUUGUGUCGGUGUCUCUUGUGUUGGUGUCUCUUGUGUCAGUGUCUCUUGUGUUGGUGUCUAGUUUAGCUGUUUCUUUUGUUGGUGUCUAGUGUUGGUGUCUCUUGUGUUGGUGUCUCUUAUGUUGGUGACUCUUGUGAUGGUGUCUUGUGUUGGUGUCUCUAGUGUUGGUGUCUUGUGUUGGUGUCUCUUGUGUAGGUGUCUCUUGUGUAGGUGUCUCUUGUGUUGGUGUCUCUUGUGUCUGUGUCUCUUGUGUAGGUGUCUCUUGUGUUGGUGUCUUGUGUUGGUGUAUUUACAUUUUACAUUACAUUUACAUUUUAGUCAUUUAGCAGACGCUCUUAUCCAGAGCGACUUACAGGAGCAAUUAGGGUUAAGUGCCUUGCUCAGGGGCACAUUUACGUCAUUUAGCAGACGCUCUUAUCCAGAGCGACUCACCAAUUGGUGCGUUCACCCUAUAGCCAGUGGGAUAACCACUUUACAAUUUUGGGGGGGGGGGGUAGAAUGAUUACUUUAUCCUAUCCCAGGUAUUCCUUAAAGAGGUGGGGUUUCAAAUGUCUCCGGAAGGUGGUGAGUGACUCCGCUGUCCUGGCGUCGUGAGGGAGCUUGUUCCACCAUUGGGGUGCCAGAGCAGCGAACAGUUUUGACUGGGCUGAGCGGGAACUAUGCUUCCGCAGAGGUAGGGGAGCCAGCAGGCCAGAGGUGGAUGAACGCAAUGCCCUCGUUUGGGUGUAGGGACUGAUCAGAGCCCGAAGGUACAGAGGUGCCGUUCCCCUCACUGCUCCAUAGGCAAGCACCAUGGUCUUGUAGCGGAUGCGAGCUUCAACUGGAAGCCAGUGGAGUGUGCGGAGGAGGGGGGGUGACGUGAGAGAACUUGGGAAGGUUGAACACCAGACGGGCUGCGGCAUUCUGGAUGAGUUGUAGGGGUUUAAUGACACAGGCAGGGAGCCCAGCCAACAGCGAGUUGCAGUAGUCCAGACGGGAGAUGACAAGUGCCUGGAUUAGGACCUGUGCCGCUUCCUGUGUAAGGCAGGGUCGUACUCUCCGAAUGUUGUAGAGCAUGAACCUGCAGGAGCGGGUCACCGCCUUGAUGUUGGCGGAGAACGACAGGGUGUUGUCCAGGGUCACGCCUAGGCUCUUCGCACUCUGGGAGGAGGACACAGCGGAGUUGUCAACCGUGAUGGCGAGAUCAUGGAACGGGCAGUCCUUCCCCGGGGAGGAAGAGCAGCUCCGUCUUGCCAGGGUUCAGCUUGAGGUGGUGAUCCGUCAUCCAUACUGAUAUGUCUGCCAGACAUGCAGAGAUGCGAUUCGCCACCUGGUUAUCAGAAGGGGGAAAAGGAGAAGAUUAGUUGUGUAUCGUCAGCGUAGCAAUGAUAGGAGAGGCCAUGUGAGGAUAUGACAGAGCCAAGUGACUUGGUGUAUAGGGAGAAAAGGAGAGGGCCUAGAACUGAGCCCUGGGGACACCAGUGGUGAGAGCACGUGGUGCGGAGACAGCUUCUCGCCACGCCACUUGGUAGGAGCGACCGGUCAGGUAGGACGCAAUCCAGGAGUGAGCCGCGCCGGAGAUGCCCAGCUCGGAGAGGGUGGAGAGGAGGAUCUGAUGGUUCACAGUAUCAAAGGCAGCAGACAGGUCUAGAAGGACAAGAGCAGAGGAGAGAAAGUUAGCUUUAGCAGUGCGGAGAGCCUCCGUGACACAGAGAAGAGCAGUCUCAGUUGAAUGACCAGUCCUGAAACCUGACUGGUUUGGAUCAAGAAGGUCAUUCUGAGAGAGAUAGCAAGAGAGUUGGCUAAAGACGGCACUCUCAAUAGUUUUGGAAAGAAAAGAAAGAAGGGAUACUGGUCUGUAGUUGUUGACAUCAGUGGGAUCGAGUGUUGGUUUCUUGAGAAGGGGAGCAACUCUCGCUCUCUUGAAGAUGGAAGGGACAUGGCCAGCGGUCAAGGAUGAGUUGAUCAGCGAGGUGAGGUAGGGGAGAAGGUCACCGGAGAUGGUCUGGAGAAGAGAGGAGGGGAUGGGGUCAAGCGGGCAGGUUGUUGGGCGGCCUGCAGUCACAAGUCGCAGGAUUUUAUCUGGAGAGAGAGGGGAGAAAGAAGUCAAAGCAUAGGGUAGGGCAGUGUGAGCAGGACCAGCAGUGUCAUUUGACUUAACAAACGAGGAUUCAGGAGGGAGGAAAAUGUGGCAAAGAGCUUCCUAGGGUUAGAGGCAGAUGCUUGGAAUUUAGAGUGGUAGAAAGUGGCCUUAGCAGCAGAAACAGAUGAAGAAAAUGUAGAGAGGAGGGAGUGAAAAGAUGCCAGGUCGGCAGGGAGUUUAGUUUUCUUCCAUUUCCGCUCCGCUGCCCGGAGCUCUGUUCUGUGAGCUCGCAAUGAGUCAUCAAGCCACGGAGCUGGAGGGGAGGACCGAGCCGGCCGGGAGGAUAGGGGACACAGAGAGUCAAAGGAUGCAGAAAGGGAGGAGAGGAGGGUUGAGGAGGCAGAAUCAGGUGAUUGGAGGGAGAAGGAUUGAGCAGAGGGAAGAGAUGAUAGGAUGGAAGAGGAAAGAGUAGUGGGAGAGAGAGAGCGAAGGUUGCGGCGGCGCAUUACCAUCUGUGUAGGGGCAGAGUGAGUAGUGUGGGAGGAGAGCGAGAGAGAAAAGGAAACAAAGUAGUGGUCGGAGACAUGGAGGGGAGUUGCAGUGAGAUUAGUAGAAGAGCAGCAUCUAGUAAAGAUGAGGUCAAGCGUAUUGCCUGCCUUGUGAGUAGGGGGGGACGGUGAGAGGGUGAGGUCAAAAGAGGAGAGAAGUGGAAAGAAGGAGGCAGAGAGAAAUGAGUCAAAUGUGGACAUAGGGAGGUUGAAAUCCCCAACCUCCCUAUGUAUCUUGUAUUGGUUUCUCUUGUGUCGGUGUCUCUUGUGUUGGUGUCUCUUGUGUCUCUUGUGUCGGUGCCUCUUGUGUCUCUUGUGUCUCUUGUGUCUCUUGUGUCUCUUGUGUCGGUGUCUGUUGUGUGUCUUGUGUCGGUGCCUCUUGUGUCUUUUGUGUCGGUGCCUCUUGUGUUGGUGUCUCGGUUGGAGUCUUGUGUCACUGUCUCUUGUGUUGGUGUCUUUUGUCAGUGUCUCUUGUGUUGGUGUCUCUUGGGUUGGUGUCUCGUGUUGGUGUCUCUUGUGUUGGUGGUGUCUCUUGUGUUGGUGUCUUGUCUCGGUGUCUCUUGUGUCUUUUAUGUGUUGGUGUCUCUUGUGUUGUUGUCUCUUGUGUUGAUGUCUUGUGUCUAUGUCUCCUGUGUUGGUGUCUAGUGUUGCUGUCUGUUGUGUUGGUGUAUUAUGUUGGUGUCUCUUGUGUUGGUGUCUCUUGCAUUGGUGUCUCUUGUGUUGGUGUAUUGUGUUGCUGUAUUUUGUGUCGGUGUCUUGUGUUGGUGUCUCUUGUGUCGGUGUCUCUUCUGUCUUUUAUGUGUUGGCAUCAUUUGUAAUGGUGUCCCUUGUGUUGGUGUCUCUUGUGUUGGUGUCUUGUGUCGAUGUCUCCUGUGUUGGUGUCUAGUGUUGCUGUCUGUUGUGUUGGUGUCUUGUGUUGGUGUCUCUUGUGUUGGUGUCUCUUGUGUUGGUGUCUUGUAAUGCUUUCUUUUGUGUCGGUGUCUGGGGAGGGAUCGCCAGGAUGAGGUGUGAGCGGGUGGUGGUCCCGGGCCAAGUGGUCUUGCGUGUCUUCCACCAUUGGUGGUGGUGCCAAGAGAGGAACAGUUUUUGAAGGGCUGAGCGGGGACUGGGCUCCGAAGAGGUAGGGGGGCCAGCAGGCCAGAGGUGGCUGAACGCAAAAUGCCCUCGUUUGGGUGUAGGGAUGAUCAGAGCCAUGAAGGUACGGACGGUGUGCCGUCCCCCUCACAGCUCCGUAGGCAAGCACCAUGGUCUUUGUAGAGAUUGUGAGCUUCAACUGGAAGCAAGUGGCAGUGUGGUCGGAAGGAGCGGUUGUUUGAAUGAGAGAACUUGGGGAGGUGAACACAGACGGAUGCGCAUUCGGGAUGAGUUGUAGGGGUUUAAUGGCCACAGGCAGGGAGCCCCAGCCAACAGCGCGUUGCAGUACUUCCAGACGGGGAUGACAAGUGCCUGGACUGGAUUAGGAAUGUGCCGAUUCCUGUGUAUAAGGCAGACACCAGGGUCGUACCUCUCCGAUGUUGUAGAGCCUGAAACCUACAGGAUCGGGUAUUCACGCCUGAUGUUGUAGGCGGACGAAGGAAGGGUUGUGUCACGGGUUCACGCAAGGCUAAUUUGAACUCUGGGGAGGAGGACAAACGGAGUUGUCAACCGUUCGAUGGCGAUGAGUCAUGGAGAAAAGGGCAGUCCUUCCCUCGGAGGGGGAAGAGAGCUCCGUCUUGCAGAGGUUCAUGCGUAUGUGACGGUGGUGAAUCUGUCAUCCACAAUGAGUAUGUAGCAAGACAUGCAGAGAUGGAUUCGAAACCUGGUUAUCAGAAGGGGGAAAAAGGAGAAGCGUAGUUGUGGUAGUACUGCGUGACAAUUGAGAGGAAGAGGCAGUGUGGAGGAUAUGACAGAGACAAGGUGAACUUGGUGUGUCUAUAGCAGAAUAGGAGAGGGCCUAGAACUGAGCCCUGGGGGAAACAAGUGCGGUGAGGACGGCACGUGGUGCGGAGGACAGAUUCUGUCCACACCACUUGGUUAGAUGCGACGGUCAGGGUGGAGAGAGGACGCAAUCCAAGAGUGGAGCCGCGCCCGGAGAGAUUGCACAACUCGGAGAGGGUGGAGGAGAGGAGGAUUGAUGGUUCACAGUAGCAAAGGCAGCAUGUACAGGCUAGAAGGACAAAAGCAGAGGAGAGAGGAGUUAGCUUUUAGCAGUGCGGAGGAGAGCCCCAUGAACAGAGAGAGAAGAGCAGUCCUAAGUUGAAGACCAGUCUUGAAAACCUGACUGGUUGGAUCAAAAGAAGGUAAGUCUGAGAAGAUAGCAAGAAGAGUGGCUAAAGACGGGCAAUGGAUUCAGAGUUUGGGAGAGAAAAGAAAGAAGGGAUACUGGUCUGUAGUUGUUGACAUGGAGGGAUCGAGUGUAGUUUGAGGAAGGGGUGCAACCCUCGCUCUCUGAAGUACAGAAGGGACAUAGGCCAGCGGGUCAAGGAUGAGUUGAUGAGCGACGGUUUAGGGUAGGGAGAAGGUGUUCAACCGGAGGAUGGGUCUGAUCGGGACGUAGAGAGGAGGGAUAGGGUCGAAUGCGGGCAGGUGUUGGGCGGCGGCUCGUCUACAAAGUAGGACAAGAUGUCAUGGGAGAGAGGAGGGACAAAGAGUCCAAGCAUAGGUAGGGCAUUGUGGAGCAGGACCAGCAGUGUCAUUUGGGGACUAACAAAAGGUCGGAUGUCGUCAACACCUUCUUUUCAAAUGGUUGACGAAGCAUCCACAGAGGAGGUGAGGAGGGGGGGGAUUCAGAGCGGCGGAGAAGGUGGCAAAGAGCUUCCUAGGGUUAGAGGCAGAUGCUUGGAUUUAGAUUGGUAGAAAGUGGCUUUAGCAGCAGAACCAGAGUAGAAAAGUAGAGAGGAGGGAAGCUGAAAAGAUGACGGUCCGGCAGGGAGCUAGUUCCUCCAUUUCCGUCGGCUGCCCGGAGCCCUGUUCUGUGAGCUCGCAAUGGUCGUCAGCCACGGAGGAAGGAGGGGAGGACGAGCCGAGCAGGUGGGGAUGGAUAGGGACAUAGAAGAGUCAAAGGAUGCAGAAAAGGGAGGAGAGAGGGUUGAGCGGAGGCAAAAUAGGAGAUUGGAGGGAGAGAAGGUUGAGCAGAGGGAAGAUGAUGAUAGCUGGAAGAGGAGAGAGUAGAGGGGAGAGGAGAGAUGACGCGAGGUUGGACUGGGUCCUGACAUUACCUAUCCGAGUAGGGGGAAGAGGGUGAGUAGUGGUUCUGCCGAGGAGCCGGCAUGCGAGAGAGAACAGUGUAAAAUCGUCACUGUGGGUCGGAGACAUGGAGCGGGAUAGUUUCAGUGAGAUUAGUGCAGGUGAAGAUCACCCCUCAGCCCCAACCCUUAUACUACCCCCCCCACACAGCCUCAGCCCCUACCCUCAUACUAACUUCCUACCCCCCACACAGCCUCAGACCCACCCCUCAUACUACUUUCCUCUCCCCCCACACAGCCUCAGACCCAACCCUCAUACUAACUUCCUCCCCCCCACACAGCCUCAGCUCCAACCCUCCUACUAACUUCCUCCCCCACACACAGCCUCAGCCCCAACCCUCUUACUAUCUGCCUCCCCCCACACAGCCUCAGCCCCAACCCUCAUACUAAAUCCCCCCCCACACAGCCUCAGCCCCAACCCUCAUACUAACUCCCCCCCCCACACAGCGUCAGCCCCAACCCUCAUACUAACUUCCUCCCCCUCACACAGCCUCAGCCCCAACCCUCAUACUAUCUGCCUCCCCCCAAACAGCCUCAGCCCCAACCAUCAUACUAACUCCCCCCCACACAGCCUCAGCCCCAACCCUCAUACUAACUCCCCCCCCCCCACACAGCCUCAGCCCCAACCCUCAUACUACCUUCCUCCCCCCCCACACAGCCUCAGCCCCAACCCUCAUACUAACUUCCUCCCCCCCACACAGCCUCAGCCCCAACCCUCAUACUAACUUCCUCCCCCUCACACAGCCUCAGCCCUACCCUCAUACUAACAUCCUCCCCCCCACACAGCCAGCCCCAACCCUCAUACUACUUUCCUCUCCCCCCACACAGCCUCAGACCCAACCCUCAUACUAACUUCCUCCCCCCCACACAGCCUCAGCCCCAACCCUCAUACUAACUUCCUCCGCCCCACACAGCCUCAGUCCCAACCAUUUACAUUUUACAUUUACGUCAUUUAGCAGACGCUCUUAUCCAGAGCGACUUACAAAUUGUUGCAUUCACCUUAUAGCCAGUGGGAUAACCACUUUACAAUAUGUAUUUUUUAUUUUAUUUUGUUAUUUUUAUUUGGGGGUGGGGUAAGGGGGGGUAGAAGGAUUACUUUAUCCUAUCCCAGGUAUUCCUUAAAGAGGUGGGGUUUCAAGUGUCUCCGGAAUGUGGUGAGUGACUCCGCUGUCCUGGCGUCGUGAGGGAGCUUGUUCCACCAUUGGGGUGCCAGAGCAGCGAACAGUUUUGACUGGGCUGAGCGGGAACUGUGCUUCCGCAGAGGUAGGGGGGCCAGCAGGCCAGAGGUGGAUGAACGCAAUGCCCUCGUUUGGGUGUAGGGACUGAUCAGAGCCUGAAGGUACGGAGGUGCCGUUCCCCUCACAGCUCCGUAGGCAAGCACCAUGGUCUUGUAGCAGAUGUGAGCUUCAACUGGAAGCAAGUGGAGUGUGCGGAGGAGCGGUUUGACAUGAGAGAACUUGGGAAGGUUGAACACCAGACGUCCUGCGGCAUUCUGGAUGAGUUGUAGGGGUUUAAUGGCACAGGCAGGGAGCCCAGCCAACAGCGAGUUGCAGUAAUCCAGACGGGAGAUGACAAGUGCCUGGAUUAGGACCUGUGCCGCUUCCUGUGUAAGGCAGGGUCGUACUCUCCGAAUGUUGUAGAGCAUGAACCUACAGGAUCGGAUCACCGCCUUGAUGUUAGCGGAGAACGACAGGGUGUUGUCCAGGGUCACGCCAAGGCUCUUUGCACUCUGGGAGGAGGACACAACGGAGUUGUCAACCGUGAUGGCGAGAUCAUGGAACGGGCAGUCCUUCCCCGGGAGGAAGAGCAGCUCCGUCUUGCCGAGGUUCAGCUUGAGGUGGUGAUCUGUCAUCCACACUGAUAUGUCUGCCAGACAUGCAGAGAUGCGAUUCGCCACCUGGUUAUCAGAAGGGGGAAAGGAGAAGAUUAGUUGUGUGUCGUCUGCGUAGCAAUGAUAGGAGAGGCCAUGUGAGGAUAUGACAGAGCCAAGUGACUUGGUGUAUAGCAAGAAUAGGAGAGGGCCUAGAACUGAGCCCUGGGGGACACCAGUGGUGAGAGCACGUGGUGCGGAGACAGAUUCUCGCCACACCACUUGGUAGAUGCGACCGGUCAGGGAGGACGCAAUCCAAGAGUGAGCCGCGCCGGAGAUGCCCAACUCGGAGAGGGUGGAGAGGAGGAUCUGAUGGUUCACAGUAUCAAAGGCAGCAGACAGGUCUAGAAGGACAAAAGCAGAGGAGAGAGAGUUAGCUUUAGCAGUGCGGAGAGCCUCCAUGACACAGAGAAGAGCAGUCUCAGUUGAAUGACCAGUCUUGAAACCUGACUGGUUUGGAUCAAGAAGGUAAUUCUGAGAGAGAUAGCAAGAGAGUUGGCUAAAGACGGCAUGCUCAAGAGUUUUGGAGAGAAAAGAAAGAAGGGAUACUGGUCUGUAGUUGUUGACAUUGGAGGGAUCGAGUGUAGGUUUUUUGAGAAGGGGUGCAACUCUCGCUCUCUUGAAGACAGAAGGGACAUAGCCAGCGGUCAAGGAUGAGUUGAUGAGCGAGGUGAGGUAAGGGAGAAGGUCACCGGAGAUGGUCUGGAGUAGAGAGGAGGGGAUAGGGUCAAGCGGGCAGGUUGUUGGGCGGCCGGCCGUCACAAGUCGCAAGAUUUCAUCUGGAGAGAGAGGGGACAAAGAAGUCAAAGCAUAGGGUAGGGCAGUGUGAGCAGGACCAGCAGUGUCAUUUGACUUAACAAACGAGGAUCGGAUGUCGUCAACCUUCUUUUCAAAAUGGUUGACGAAGUCAUCCACAGAGAGGGAGGAGGGGGGGGAUUCAGCAGGGAGGAGAAGGUGGCAAAGAGCUUCCUAGGGUUAGAGGCAGAUGCUUGGAAUUUAGAGUGGUAGAAAGUGGCUUUAGCAGCAGAAACAGAGUAAGAAAAUGUAGAGAGGAGGGAGUGAAAAGAUGCCAGGUCCGCAGGGAGUCUAGUUUUCCUCCAUUUCCGCUCGGCUGCCCGGAGCCCUGUUCUGUGAGCUCGCAAUGAGUCGUCAAGCCACGGAGCAGGAGGGGAGGACCGAGCCGGCCGGGAGGAUAGGGGACAUAAAGAGUCAAAGGAUGCAGAAAGGGAGGAGAGGAGGGUUGAGGAGGCAAAAUCAGGAGAUUGGAGGGAGAAGGAUUGAGCAGAGGGAAGAGAUGAUAGGAUGGAAGAGGAGAGAGUAGCGGGAGAGAGAGAGCGAAGGUUGCGACGGCGCAUUACCAUCUGAGUAGGGGCAGAGUGAGUAGUGUUGGAGGAGAGCGAGAGAGAAAAGGAUACAAAGUAGUGGUCGGAGACAUGGAGGGGAGUUUCAGUGAGAUUAGUAGAAGAACAGCAUCUAGUAAAGAUGAGGUCAAGCGUAUUGCCUGCCUUGUGAGUAGGGGGGGACGGUGAGAGGGUGAGGUCAAAAGAGGAGAGGAGUGGAAAGAAGGAGGCAGAGAGAAAUGAGUCAAAGGUAGACGUAGGGAGGUUAAAGUCACCCAGAACUGUGAGGGGUGAGCCAUCCUCAGGAAAGGAACUUAGCAAGGCGUCAAGCUCAUUGAUGAACUCUCCAAGGGAACCUGGAGGGCGAUAAAUGACAAGGAUGUUAAGCUUGAAUGGGCUAGUGACCCUCAUACUAACCCCCCCCCCCCCCCACACACACACAGCCUCAGCCCCAACCCUCAUACUAACUCCCCCCCCCUUCCCCCCACACAGCCUCAGCCCCAACCCUCAUACUACCUUCCUCCCCCCCCACACAGCCUCAGCCCCAACCCUCAUACUAACUUCCUCCCCCCCACACAGCCUCAGCCCCAACCCUCAUACUACCUUCCUCCCCCCCACACAGCCUCAGCCCCAACCCUCAUACUAACUUCCUCCCCCCCACACAGCCUCAGCCCCAACCCUCAUACUAACUUCCUCCCCCCCCACACAGCCUCAGCCCCAACCCUCAUACUAACUUCAUCCCCCCCACACAGCCUCAGCUCCAACCCUCAUACUAACUUCCUCCCCCCCACACAGCCUCAGCCCCAACCCUCAUACUAACUUCCUCCCCCCCACACAGCCUCAGCCCCAACCCUCAUACUAACUCCCCCCCCUACACAGCCUCAGCCCCAACCCUCAUACUAACUUCCUCCCCCCCACACAGCCUCAGCCCCAACCCUCAUACUACCUGACAAAAAGAGACAUAACAACCGAAUAAUGAGUUCUGUUCUGACAUUUUGUGAAUAUCCAAAUGUAUGCUCUAAUCCAACUGAGUUUACCUGUUGUGGUUAUGGGUCAUCAUCAGUAAUGUAGACUGGUCAAACACACACUGCCUAAUGCCUGCCCUGUCCUGGCUUCUCUGUUCAGAUCCCUUCUUCCUCAUUGGCUCCUUCUCCUCCCAGUCUUUAGCAUAUUGGGGUUUCAUGCAUGGGCUGAUCUGAGGGCUGCAAGCUGCCAUUCGGCCAGGCAGACUGUGCAAGCAGGCAGGAAGGAUGCACUCACUUUAGGGGCUCUGCGCAUUUGGGGCUUUACACAGGAAAUAAAUGGUUUCGGUGUAGGUCCAAUGGGUGAACACACACAUUUAGAAAUUUCAAACAUUUGCAUCUCAGGCUGUUGAGUGCUAUGAUAACAAACCCGUCAGUUAGCCCAACAGCUACACUAUCCCAAUUAAAUGGAGGAACCAGUUAAUCACGACAAUACAAACAGACUGAACAAAAUUGGUAUUGUCUGGACUCUUAAAGGUCAGAGUUAUUCACAGUGCACUGGAAAUGGAACCACAGCAAAACAGCUUGUCACCCAAAUGAUUGUGCAACAUUGUUUGCCAAGUUAUUUAUAAUAUCUCCAUGUGUCUCUGUGUCUGUUCAGUAAAUGGAAUGCUGUCAGCACUGCAUAUGGUUUAGGGCAUCUGUAGCCAAGUAGUAUGAUUCAGCAACUUGUAAUAUUAGACAUAUUGCAUAUUCCCUCAAUUGUGUGCAGAGUGCAUUGAGGUUUUUAAUUCUACUCCUAGUUAUUAUGGACAUUACAAAGUUAGGAUGACAUAAACCACAAGAGCUGUAGUCCUGGAGAAACAUCCCUCCCUGCCACAUUCUUGGGUGUUAAUGAAGAUGUCACAGGCUCAGACAGAGGGGGUCAGCAGGUGUGGUAGAAGCAGGACUGAGACCUGUCUGACAGACAGACAGACAAACCUGACAGACAGAAGGACAUACAGACCUGACAGACAGACCGAAAGACAGACCAGACAGGCAGAUCUGUCCGUCCGUCCGACCGACCGACCGCGACCGACCUGACAGAUUGACCGACCGACCGGACAGACCUGGCCGACCUGACAGACAGACAGACAGAUAGACCUGACAGACAGACAGUCAGACCUGACAGACAGACCUGACAGACAUAAAGACCUGACUGACAGACUGACAGACAGGUGCAUCUAGAGGGGAGUAGUGCUGUAGGUGUGGACAGAUUUGACAGGAUGCUGUUGGUCUCCAGUGUUAUUGAAAUCCUUUUUUCAAUUUAUUGUACUGUCAAGUAUAAGCUUCCUGCCCUUUCUGCCUAGAGCAGCGAUUCUCAACUGGUGGGCACUCUAGCAGGGCAGAAAUUUGACGAACUGACUUGUUGUAAAGGUGGCAUCCUAUGACGGUGCCACGUUGAAAGUCACUGAGCUCUUCAGUAAGGCCAUUCUACUGCCAAUAUUUGUCUAUGGAGAUUGCAUGUCUGUGUGCUCGAUUUUAUACACCUGUCAGCAGCUGGUGUGGUUUACAUACACUCAAUUAGUAUUUGGUAGCAUUGCCUUUAAAUUGUUUAACUUGGGCCAAAUGUUUCAGGUAGCCUUCCACAAGCUUCCCAAAAUAAGUUGGGUGAAUUUUGGCCCAUUCCUCCUGACAGAGCUGGUGUAACUGAGUCAGGUUUGUAGGCCUCCUUGCUCGCACACGCUUUUUCAGUUCUGCCCACAGAUUUUCUAUAGGAUUGAGGUCAGGGCUUUGUGAUGGCCACUCCAAUACCUUGACUUUGUUGUCCUUAAGCCAUUUUGCCACAACUUUGGAAGUAUGCUUGGGGUCAUUGUCCAUUUGGAAGACCCAUUUGUGACCAAGCUUUAACUUCCUGACUGAUGUCUUGAGAUGUUGCUUCAAUAUAUCCACAUAAUUUUCCUUCCUCAUGAUGCCAUCUAUUUUGUGAAGUGCACCAGUCCCUCCUGCAGCAAAGCACCCCCACAGCAUGAUGCUGCCAUCCCCGUGCUUCACGGUUGGGAUGGUGUUCUUCGGCUUGCAAGCAUCCCCUUUUUCCUCCAAACAGAUGGUCAUUAUGGCCAAACAGUUCUAUUUUUGUUUCAUCAGACCAGAGGACAUUUCUCCAAAAAGUCUUGGCUGAUUUCUUUAGAUUUUCCCAUGAUGUCAAGCAAAGAGGCACUGAGUUUGAAGGUAGGCCUUGAAAUACAUCCACAGGUACACCUCCAAUUGACUCAAAUUAUGUCAAUUAGCCUAUCAGAAGCUUCUAAAGCCAUUACAUCAUUUUCUGGAAUUUUCCAAGCUGUUUAAAGGCACAAUCAACUUAGUGUCUGUAAACUUCUGACCCACUGGAAUUGUGAUACAGUGAAUUAUAAGUGAAAUAAUCUGUCUGUAAACAAUUGUUGGAAAAAUUACUUGUGUCAUGCACGAAGUAGAUGUCCUAACCGACUUGCCAAAACUAUAGUUUGUUAACAAGAAAUUUGUGGAGUGGUUGAAAAAUGAGUUUUAAUGACUCCAACCUAAGUGUAUGUAAACUUCUGACUUCAACUGUAUAAGUAUAUAUACACUACCAGUCAAAAGUUUGGACACACCUACUCAUUCAAUGGUUUUUCUUUAUUUUUACUAUUUUUUACAUUGUAGAAUAAUAGUGAAGACAUCAAAACUAUGAAAUAACACACAUGGAAUCAUAUACAGUGGGGAAAAAAAGUAUUUAGUCAGCCACCAAUUGUGCAAGUUCUCCCACUUAAAAAGAUGAGAGAGGCCUGUAAUUUUCAUCAUAGGUACACGUCAACUAUGACAGACAAAUUGAGGGAAAAAAAUCCAGAAAAUCACAUUUGUAGGAUUUUUUAUGAAUUUAUUUGCAAAUUAUGGUGGAAAAUAAGUAUUUGGUCACCUACAAACAAGCAAGAUUUCUGGCUCUCACAGACCUGUAACUUCUUCUUUAAGAGGCUCCUCUGUCCUCCACUCGUUACCUGUAUUAAUGGCACCUGUUUGAAGUAUGGGGGUGGAAACAUCAUGCUCUGGGGCUGUUUUUCUGCAAAGGGACCAGGACGACUGAUCCGUGUAAAGGAAAGAAUGAAUGGGGCCAUGUAUCGUGAGAUUUUGAGUGAAAACCUCCUUCCAUCAGCAAGCACCCCCACACCAUAACAGCUCCUCUUCCAUGCUUUAUGGUGGGAAAUACACAUGCGGAGAUCAUCCGUUCACCCACACCGCGUCUCACAAAGACACGGCGGUUGGAACCAAUAAUCUCAACGUGGCUGGGUCUUUCAGCAUGACAAUGAUCCCAAACACACCGCCCGGGCAACAAAGGAGUGGCUUCGUAAGAAGCAUUUCAAGGUCCUGGAGUGGCCUAGCCAGUCUCCAGAUCUCAACCCCAUAGAAAAUCUUUGGAGGGAGUUGAAAGUCCAUGUUGCCCAGCGACAGCCCCAAAACAUCACUGCUCUAGAGGAGAUCUGCAUGGAGGAAUGGGCCAAAAUACCAGCAAAAGUGUGUGAAAACCUUGUGAAGACUUACAGAAAAUGUUUGACCUGUGUCAUUGCCAACAAAGGGUAUAUAACAAAGUAUUGAGAAACUUUUGUUAUUGACCAAAUACUUAUUUUCCACCAUAAUUUGCAAAUAAAUUCAUUAAAAAUCCUACAAUGUGAUUUUCUGGAUUUAUUUUCUCAUUUUGUCUGUCAUAGUUGACGUGUACCUAUGAUGAAAAUUACAGGCCUCUCUCAUCUUUUUAAGUGGGAGAACUUGCACAAUUGGUGGCUGACUAAAUACUUUAAAAUAUAUGUUAUAUUUGAGAUUCAUCAAAUAGCCACCCUUUGCCUUGAUGACAGCUUUGAACAAUCUUGGCAUUCUCUCAACCAGCUUCACCUGGAAUGCUUUUUCAACAGUCUUGAAGGAGUUCCCACAUAUGCUGAGCACUUGUUGGCUGCGGUCCGACUCAUCCCAAACCAUCUCAAUUUGGUUGAGGUCGGGGGAUUUUGGAGGCCAGGUCAUCUGAUGCAGCACUCCAUCACUCUCCUUCUUGGUAAAAUAGCCCUUACACAGCCUGGAGGUGUGUUGGGUCAUUGUCCUGUUGAAAAACAAAUGAUAGUCCCAUUAAGCCCAAACCAGAUGGGAUGGCGUAUCGCUGCAGAAUGCUGUGGUUGCCAUGCUGGUUAAGUGUGCCUUGAAUUCUAAAUAAAUCACAGACAGUGUCACCAGCAAAGCACCCCCACACCAUAACAGCUCCUCUUCCAUGCUUUACGGUGGGAAAUACACAUGCGGAGAUCAUCCGUUCACCCACACCGCGUCUCACAAAGACACGGUGGUUAGAACCAAAAAUCUCAAAUUUGGACUCCAGACCAAAGGACACAUUUCCACCGGUCUAAUGUCCAUUGCUUGUGUUUCUUGGCCCAAGCAAGUCUCUUCUUCUUAUUGGUGUCCUUUAGUAGUGGUUUCUUUGCAGCAAUUUGAGCAUGAAGGCCUGUUUCACGCAGUCUCCUCUGAACAGUUGAUGUUGAGAUGUGUCUGUUACUUUAACUCUGUGAAGCAUUUAUUUGGGCUGCAAUUUCUGAGGCUGGUAACUCUAAUAAACGUAUCUUCUGCAGCAGAGGUAACUCUGGGUCUUUAUUUCCUGUGGCGGUCCUCAUGAGAGCCAGUUUCAUCAUAGCGCUUGAUGGUUUUUGCGAAUGCACUUAAAGAAACUUUAAAGUUCUUGAAGUUUUCCGUAUUGACUGACCUUCAUGUCUUAAAAUAAUGAUGGACUGUCGUUUCUCUUUGCUUAUUUGAGCUGUUCUUGCCAUAAUAUGGACUUGGUCUUUUACCAAAUAGGCCUAUCUUCUGUAUACCCUACCUUGUCACAACACAACUGAUUGUCUCAAACGCAUUAAGAAGGAAAGAAAUUCCACAAAUUAACUUUUAAGCAGGAACACCUGUUAAUUGAAAUGCAUUCCAGGAGACUAUCUCAUGAAGCUGGUUUAAAGAAUGCCAAGAGUAUGCAAAGCUGUCAUCAAGGCAAAGGGUGGCUAUUUGAAGAAUCUCAAAUAUAAAAUAUUUGUUUAACACUUUUUUGGUUACUACAUGAUUCCAUAUGUGUUAUUUCAUAGUUUUGAUGUCUUCACUUUCAUUCUACAAUGUAGAAAAAGUAAAAAUAAAGAACAACCCUUGAAUGAGUAGGUGUUCUUAAACGUUUGACCGGUAGUGUAUAUAUAUAUAUAUAUAUAUAUAUAUAUAUAUAUAUAUAUAUAUAUAUAUAUAUAUAUAUACAGUGCCUUCGGAAAGUAUUCAAACCCCUUGACUUUUUCCACAUUUUCUUACGUUACAGCCUUAAUCUAAAAUGGAUUAAAUAUAUAAAAAAUCCUCAGCAAUCUACACACAAUAAACAAUUUAUAACAGAAAUACCUUAUUUACAUAAGUAUUCAGACUUUGCUAUGAUACUCGACAUUUGUUAAUUUUUUAUUUAUUUAUUAUUAUUAUUAUUAUUAUUAGUAUUAUUUAAUUAUUUAGAGACUCAAAAUUGCAUCCUGUUUCCAUUGAUCAUCCUUGAGAUGUUUCUACAUCUUGAUUGAAGUCCAGCUGUGGUAAAUUCAAUUGAUUGGACAUGAUUUGGAAAGGCACACACCUGUCUAUAUAACAAUACAAUACAAUACAAUAUGCCAUUUAGCAGACGCUUUUAUCCAAAGCGACUUACAGUCAUGUGCGCAUACAUUUUUACGAAAUCGAACCCACUACCCUGGCAUUACAAGCGCCAUGCUCUACAAGCGCCAGCUCGUUGAGUGCGGUCUUAGUGCCAACAUCGGUUUGUGGUGGUAAAUAGACAGCUACAAAAAAUAUAGAUAAAACUCUCUUGGUAAAUAGUAUAAGGUCCCACAAUUGACAGUGCAUGUCAGAGCAAAAACAAAGCCAUGAGGUUGAAGGAACUGUCCGUAGAGCUCCGAGACAGGAUUGUGUCGAGGCACAGAUCUGGGAAAGGGUACCAAAAAAUGUCUGCAGCAUUGAAGGUCCCCAAGAAUACAGCGGCCUCCAUCAUUCUUAAAUGGAAGAAGUUUGGAACCACCAAGACUCUUCCUAGAGCUGGCUGCCCGGCCAAACUGAGCAAUCGGGGGAGAAGGGCCUUGGUCAGGGAGGUGACCAAGAACCCGAUGGUCACUCUGACAGAGCUCCAGAGUUCUUCUGUGGAGAUGGGAGAACCUUCCAGAAGGAAUACCAUAUCUGCAGCACUCCACCAAUCAGGCCUUUAUGGUAGAGUGGCCAGACGGAAGCCACUCCUCAGUAAAAGACACGACAGCCCGCUUGGAGUUUGCCAAAAGGUACCUAAAGGACUCAGACCAUGAGAAACAAGAUUCUCUGGUCUGAUGAAACCAAGAUUGAACUCUUUGGCCUGAAUGACAAGCGUCACGUCUGGAGGAAACCUGGCACCAUCCCUAUGGUGAAGCAUGGUGGUGGCAGCAUCAUGCUGUGGGGAUGUUUUUCAGCGGCAGGGACUGGGAGACUAGUCAGGAUUGAGUCAAAAGAUGAACGGAACAAAGUACAGAGAGAUCCUUGAUGAAAACCUGCUCCAGAGUGCUCAGGACCUCAGACUGGGGGCGAAGGUUCACCUUCCAACAGGACAACGACCCUAAGCACACAGCCAAGACAACGCAGGAGUGGCUUUGGGACAAGUCUCUGAAUGUCCUUGAGUGUCCCGGACUUGAACCCGAUGGAACAUCUCUGGAGAGACGUGAAAAUAGCUGCGCAACAACGCUCCCCAUCCAACCUGAUAGCACUUUAGAGGAUCUGCAGAGAAGAAUGGGAUAAACUCCCCAAAUACAGGUGUGCCAAGCUUAUAGUGUCAUACCGAAGAAGACUCGAGGCUGUAAUCACUGCCAACGGUCCUUCAACAAAGUACUAAGUAAAGGGUCUGAAUACUUAUGUAAAUGUGAUAUUUCUGUUUUUUUUUAUUAUAAAUCAGCAAAAAACUCUUCAAACCUGUUUUUGCUUUUUCAUUAUGGGGUAUUGUGUGUAGAUUGAUGAGGGGAAAAAACAAUUUAAUCCAUUUUAGAAUAAGGCUGUAACCUAACAACAUUUUGAAAAAGUGAAGGGGUCAGAAUACUUUCCGAAUGCACUGUAUACACUCAUUUUAAAUGUUUGAUGAAAAAUACUCCAGUCUGAAUUUAAAUGACUAAAACCAGGUAGAAGGUGUGUAGAAAUGAUAAUGAACCUAUUUUUUGUUUAUAUAAUUUAACCUCUGAACUAUUUUUCUUCUAUCACAGUAUUUUCAAUGUAGAGUUAUUAGCAGUGCUAUUUAGUGCAUUUGGUUGAUUUUGUGGUCUCAAACCAGUGACCUUAACAUUCUUCAUCAAGAAUAUGGGAAAAUGGAAUUACUACAAUGAGAAAGGUGUGACUGUUCCCUUGUCAUACCAUUUGUAGAUUUACUAUCAAUAUAGUAUUAAAAACAGUUUUCCAGAUUGCAUUUAGGCAACAAAAACAAUAACGAUGCGAAUAUUGGAUCACGACUGAGACAACCUGGUUCAAUUUGGGUCUCGAGGCAAAACCAGUUGAGAACCAGUGGCUUCGAGCAUUGUCUUGGGUAAAGUGUGCUUCGGAUAAGGAGAAAAAUAAGAACUACAGUGGGGAAAAAAAGUAUUUAGUCAGCCACCGAUUGUGCAAGUUCUCCCACUUACAAAGAUGAGAGAGGCCUGUAAUGUUCAUCAUAGGUACACGUCAACUAUGACAGACAUAUUGAGGGAAAAAAAUCCAAAAAUCACAUUGUAGGAUUUUUUAUGAAUUUAUUUGCAAAUUAUGGUGGAAAAUAAGUAUUUGGUCACCUACAAACAAGCAAGAUUUCUGGCUCUCACAGACCUGUAACUUCUUCUUUAAGAGGCUCCUCUGUCCUCCACUCGUUACCUGUAUUAAUGGCACCUGUUUGAACUUGUUAUCAGUAUAAAAGACACCUGUCCACAACCUCAAACAGUCACACUCCAAACUCCACUAUGGCCAAGACCAAAGAGCUGUCAAAGGACACCAGAAACAAAAUUGUAGACUUGCACCAGGCUGGGAAGACUGAAUCUGCAAUAGGUAAGCAGCUUGGUUUGAAGAAAUCAACUGUGGGAGCAAUUAUUAGGAAAUGGAAGACAUACAAGACCACUGAUAAUCUCCCUCGAUCUGGGGCUCCACGCAAGAUCUCACCCCGUGGGGUCAAAAUGAUCACAAGAACGGUGAGCAAAAAUCCCAGAACCACACGGGGGGACCUAGUGAAUGACCUGCAGAGAGCUGGGAACAAAGUAACAAAGCCUACCAUCAGUAACACACUACCCCGCCAGGGACUCAAAUCCUGCAGUGCCAGACGUGUCCCCCUGCUUAAGCCAGUACAUGUCCAGGCCCGUCUGAAGUUUGCUAGAGUGCAUUUGGAUGAUCCAGAAGAGGAUUGGGAGAAUGUCAUAUGGUCAGAUGAAACCAAAAUAGAACUUUUUGGUAAAAACUCAACUCGUCGUGUUUGGAGGACAAAGAAUGCUGAGUUGCAUCCAAAGAACACCAUACCUACUGUGAAGUAUGGGGGUGGAAACAUCAUGCUUUGGGGCUGUUUUUCUGCAAAGGGACCAGGACGACUGAUCCGUGUAAAGGAAAGAAUGAAUGGGGCCAUGUAUCGUGAGAUUUUGAGUGAAAACCUCCUUCCAUCAGCAAGGGCAUUGAAGAUGAAACGUGGCUGGGUCUUUCAGCAUGACAAUGAUCCCAAACACACCGCCCGGGCAACGAAGGAGUGGCUUCGUAAGAAGCAUUUCAAGGUCCUGGAGUGGCCUAGCCAGUCUCCAGAUCUCAACCCCAUAGAAAAUCUUUGGAGGGAGUUGAAAGUCCAUGUUGCCUGGCGACAGCCCCAAAACAUCACUGCUCUAGAGGAGAUCUGCAUGGAGGAAUGGGCCAAAAUACCAGCAACAGUGUGUGAAAACCUUGUGAAGACUUACAGAAAACGUUUGACCUGUGUCAUUGCCAACAAAGGGUAGAUAACAAAGUAUUGAGAAACUUUUGUUAUUGACCAAAUACUUAUUUUCCACCAUAAUUUGCAAAUAAAUUAAUUAAAAAUCCUACAAUGUGAUUUUCUGGAUUUCUUUUUCUCAUUUUGUCUGUCAUAGUUGACGUGUACCUAUGAUGAAAAUUACAGGCCUCUCUCAUCUUUUUAAGUGGGAGAACUUGCACAAUUGGUGGCUGACUAAAUACUUUUUUUCCCCACUGUAUGUGUCUCUGUACAUUAUGUGUAGGUUAUCUAUGUGAGCAAAUCACAGUAUACAGCACUGGCUGUACUCCAAUAGUCAGCUGCUGUUGCCCGGCACCACAGUUAAACUCAGCCUGGGCUCCCAGUCGAAGUGAGCUCUCUCUCUCUCUCUCUCUCUCUCUCUCUCUCUCUCUCUCUCUCUCCUCUCUCUCUCUCUCUCUCUCUCCUCUCUCUCUCUCUCUCUCUUCUCAGUCUAUUAGAGUUGAAGAGCUGUUGAGUUAAUACACUAAAUCAAUGACGCCCACUCACAUACUCAAACACAAGUCUACAAUCAUACAGGACAUGCAGUAUCAGUAUCUCUAGUAUCUUUAUUAGGUCUCUACCAUUACAGUUCUAUCAUUCGGGCUCUUUAGGUCCAUUAGAAUGGCUUUUCAGUGACGUCCGUUGGUUAGACUGAGUCACAGAUGCAUCAGACAGACCACUGAGAUUGUGACACGUUCUCUUGAUUAAACAGAUCUGCCUCAUCCUGUUCCUGCUAACAAUGACAACACUAUCUGCUUCAUAGUGUCGAGGGGGAACACUUAGGAGCCUCCAAAUUCAGUAGAAUGUACAGCGUGUCCUUUUACAAACAUGAAGACACAGGCACAUUUAUUCGCUCCAAGUAGUUGCACAAAUUUGUACAUAGGCCUAUAUGUGGAAACACAAUACAGUCAGGCAUACACACCUACAGUCUAUGUAAGCUCAGAAACAAACACAUUAACAUUCACAGUUCCGGCAAAUACACAAGCCCAAAACACAUACAGUACAGUGCCUUCAGAUAAUAUUCACACCCCUUGACUUUUUCCACAUUUUGUUGUGUUAAAUCAUGAAGUAAAAAUAGAUUAAAUAGCAAUUUUUUUGUUACUGGCCUACACACAAUACCCCAUAAAAGCUGAAAUGUCUUAAGUCAAUAAGUAUUCAACCCAUUUGUUAUGGCAAGCCUAAAUAAGUUCAGGAGUAAGAAUGUGUUUAACAAGACACAUAAUAAGUCGUAAGGACUCACUAUGUGUGCAAUAAUAGCAUUUAACAGAAUGUUUUAAUGACCACCUCAUCUCUGUACCCCAUACCAUUAUCUGUAAGGUCCCUCAGUCGAGCAGUGAAUUUCAAACACAGAUUCAAACACAAAGACCAGGAGGUUUUCCAAUGCCUCACAAAUAAGGGCACCUAUUGGUAGAUUUAAAAAAAAGGCCUACAUUGAAUAUCCCUUUGAGCAUGGUAAAGUUAUUAAUGACACUUUGGAUGGUGUAUCUAUACAUCCAGUCACUACCAAGAUACAGGUGUCCUUCCUAACUCAGUUGCCGGAGAGGAAGGAAACCGCUCAGGGAUUUCACCAUGAGGCCAAUGGUGACCUUAAAACAGUUACAGAGUUUCUGCCGAGUGGAUCACUACAGACCCGGGUUCGAUCCCAGGCUGUGUCGCAGCCGGCCGCGACUGGGAGACCCAUGAGGCAGCGCACAAUUGGCCCAGCGCCAUCCGGGUUAGGGGAGGGUUUGGCCGGCUGGGAUGUCCUUGUCCCAUCGCGCUGUAGCGACUUCUUGAGGCGGGCCGGGCGCAUGCACGCUGACUUCAGUUGCCAGUUGUACGGCGUUUACUCAUUGAUGCGGUUGGCUUCCGGGUUAAGCAAGCAGUGUGUCAAGAAGCAGUGCGUCUUGGCAGGGUCGUGUUUCGGAGGAUGCAUGGCUCUCGACCUUCGCCUCUCCUGAGUCUGUACGGGAGUUGCAGCAAUGGGGCAAGACUGUAACUACCAAUUGGACAUCACGAAAUUGGGGAGAAAAAGGGGUAAAAAGUACAAUUUUAUUUUUUUUAACUACAUAAAUAACCGUUACAGAGUUUAAUGGCUGUGAUAGGAGACAACUGAGGAUGUGUUGUAGUUACUCCACAAUACUAACCUAAUUGACAGAGUGGAAAGGAAGAAGCUUGUACAGAAUAAAAAUACUCAAAAACAUGCAUCCUUUUUGCAACAAGGCACUAAAGUAAUACUGCAAAUGAUGUGGCAAAACAAAUCACUUUUUGUCCUGAAUACAAAGUGUUAUGUUUGGGGCAAAUCCAAUAUAACACAUUACUGAGUACCACUCUCCAUAUUUUCAAGCAUAGUGGUGGCUGCAUCAUGUUAUGGGUAUGCUUGUAAUCAUUAAGGACUGGGGAGUUUUUCAGUAUAAAAAAGAAACGGAAUGGAGCUUAGCACAGGCAAAAUCCUAGAGGAAAACCUGGUUCAGUCUGCUUUCCACCAGACACUGGGAGAUGAAUUCACCUUCCAGCAAGACAAUAACCUACAACACAAGGACAAAUGGAGUUGCUUACCAAGAAAAUGUUUCUGAGUGGCCGAGUUACAGGUUUGACUUAAUCUAAUUGAAAAUCUAUGGCAAGACUUGAAAAUGGUUGUCUAGCAAAAAUAAUAAUGUAUUAAUAAUUGUACAAUCCAGGUGUGCAAAGCUCUUAGAGACUUACCCAGAAAGACUCACAGCUGUAAUCGCUGCCAAAGGUGAUUCUUACAUGUAUUGACUCAGGGGUGUGAAUACUUAUGUAAAUUAGUUAUUUUUGUAUUUCAUUUUCAAUACAUUUGCAAACAUUUCUAAAAACAUGUUUUCACUUAGUCAUUAUGGGGUAUUGUGUGUAGAUGGGUGAGAAAAAAUAUAUUUAAUCCAUUUUGAAUUCAGGCUGUAACGCAACAAAAUGUGGAAUAAGUCAAGGGGUGUGAAUAGUUUCUGAAGGCACUGUAGGCACACACACUAACAAUCCUACUUUCACACACACACACACUCUGUUGAAUGGGAUGUCUUUACCCCAUGCCAUUCCUGGCUCAUUAUCCCAGCAGUAGCAACAUGAGAUUUCUCUUUUUCCCCCUCUAGUCAAACAUCCAUUAUUUAGCAGCAUGUUGAUCACGUUGAGCCUCAAGUCGCAGAUCUCUCUCCUCUUUCUGUUCCAUUCCAUUCCCCCAUAGCCACAUGCACAGAGCAACACAAAUCACAGAAAAAAACUUUGCAAUAUUGCUAUAUAGACAGUACAUGACCAAAAGUAUGUGGACACCUGCACGUCGAACAUCUCAUUCCAAAACCAUGGGCAUUAAUAUGGAGUUGGUUCUCCCUUUGCUGCUAUAACAGCCUCCACUCUUCUGGGAAGGCUUUCCACUAGAUGUUGGAGCAUUGCUGCGGGAACCCGCUUCCAUUCAGCCACAAGAGCGUUAGUAAGGUCGGGCACUGAUGUUGGGCGAUUAGGCCUGGCUCACAGUUGGCGUUCCAAUUCAUCCCAAAGGUGUUCAAUGGAGUUGAGGUCAGGGCUCUGAGCAGGCCGGUCAAGUUCUUCCACACCGAUCUCGACAAACCAUUUCUGUAUGGACCUCAAUUUAUGCAUGGGGGCAUUGUCAUGCUGAAACAGGAAAGGGCCUUCCCCAAACUGUUGCCACAAAGUUGGAAGCACAGAAUCAUCUAGAAUGUCAUUGUAUGCUGUAGCGUUAAGAUUUCCCUUCACUGGAACUAAGGGACCUAGCCCAGACCAUGAAAAACAGCCCCAGACCAUUACAGUGAGGGAAAAAAGUAUUUGAUCCCCUGCUGAUUUUGUACGUUUGCCCACUGACAAAGGCAUGAUCAGUCUAUAAUUUUAAUGGUAGGUUUAUUUGAACAGUGAGAGACAGAAUAACAACAACAAAUCUAGAAAAACGCAUGUCAAAAAUGUUAUAAAUUGAUUUGCAUUUUAAUGAGGGAAAUAAGUAUUUGACCCCUCUGCAAAACAUGACUUACUACUUGGUGGCAAAACCCUUGUUGGCAAUCACAGAGGUCAGACGUUUCUUGUAGUUGGCCACCAGGUUUGCACACAUCUCCUCUUUGCAGAUGUCAUUAAGGUUUCGAGCCUUGGUGUUUGGCAACUCUAACCUUCAGCUCCCUCCAAAGAUUUUCUAUGGGAUUAAGGUCUGGAGACUGGCUAGGCCACUCCAGGACCUUAAUGUGCUUCUUCUUGAGCCACUCCUUUGUUGCCUUGGCCGUGUGUUUUGGGUCAUUGUCAUGCUGGAAUACCCAUCCACAACCUACUUUCAAUGCCCUGGCUGAGGGAAGGAGGUUCUCACCCAAGAUGUGACAGUACAUGGUGCCGUCCAUCGUCCCUUUGAUGCUGUGAAGUUGUCCUGUCCCUUUAGCAGAAAAACACUCCCAAAGCAUAAUGUUUCCAACUCCAUGUUUGAUGGUGGGGAUGGUGUUCUUGGGGUCAUAGGCAGCAUUCCUCCUCCUCCAAACACGGCGAGUUGAGUUGUUGCCAAAGAGCUCGAUUUUGGUCUCAUCUGACCACAACACUUUCACCCAGUUCUCUGAAUCAUUCAGAUGUUCAUUGGCAAACUUCAGACGGCCCUGUAUAUGUGCUUUCUUGAGCAGGGGGACCUUGCAGGCGCUGCAGGAUUUCAGUCCUUCACGGCGUAGUGUGUUACCAAUUGUUUUCUUGGUGACUAUGGUCCCAGCUGCCUUGAGAUCAUUGACAAGAUCCUCCCGUGUAGUUCUGGGCUGAUUCCUCACCGUUCUCAUGAUCAUUGCAACUCCACAAGGUGAGAUCUUGCAUGGAGCCCCAGGCCGAGGGAGAUUGACAGUUAUUUUGUGUUUCUUCCUUUUGCGAACCAACUGUUGUCACCUUCUCACCAAGCUGCUUGGCGAUAGUCUUGUAGCCCAUUCCAGCCUUGUGUAGGUCUACAAUAUUGUCCCUGACAUCCUUGGAGAGCUCUUUGGUCUUGGCCAUGGUAGAGAGUUUGGAAUCUGAUUGAUUGAUUGCUUCUGUGGACAGGUGUCUUUUAUACAGGUAACAAGCUGAGAUUAGGAGCACUCCCUUUAAGAGUGUGCUCCUAAUCUCAGCUCGUUACCUGUAUAAAAGACACCUGGGAGCCAGAAAUCUUUCUGAUUGAGAGGGGGUCAAAUGCUUAUUUCCCUCAUUAAAAUGCAAAUUAAUUUAUAACAUUUUUGACAUGCGUUUUUCUGGAUUUGUUGUUGUUGUUAUUCUGUCUCUCACUGUUCAAAUAAACCUACCAUGAAAAUUAUAGACUGACCAUUUCUUUGUCAGUGGGCAAACGUACAAAAUCAGCAGGGGAUCAAAUACUUUUUUCCCUCACUGUAUUCCUCCUCCACCAAACUUUACAGUUGGCACUAUGCAUUGCACAUGGUGAUCUUAGGCUUCUGUGUGGCUGCUUGGCCAUGGAAACCCAUUUCAUGAAGCUCCCGACGAACAGUUCUUGUGCUGACGUUGCUUCCAGUGGCAGUUUGGAACUCGGUAGUGAGUGCUGCAACUGAGGACAGACGAUUUUUACGCGCUACACGCUUCAGCACUUGGCGGUCCCGUUCUGUGAAGUUGAGUGGGCUACCACUUCGGGGCUGAACCGUUGUUGCUCCUAGACGUUUCCACUUCACAAUAACAGCACGUACAGUUAACCGUGGCAGCUCUAGCAGGGCGAACUGACUUGUUGGAAAGGUGGCAUCCUAUGACGGUGCCACAUUGAAAGUCACUGAGCUCUUCAGUAAGACCAUUCUACUGCCAAUUUUUGUCUAUGGAGAUUGCAUGUCUGUGUGCUCGAUUUUAUACACCUGUCAGCAACUGGUGUGGCUGAAAUAGUCGAAUCCUCUAAUUUGAAGGGGUGUCCACAUACGUAUAUAUAUACAGGACCAGCCGAAAGUUUGGACACACCUACUCAUUCAAGGGUUUUUCUUUAUUUCUACUAUUUUCUACAUUGUAGAAUAAUAGUGAAGACAUCAAAACUAUGAAAUAACACAUAUGGAAUCAUGUAGUAACUAAAAAAGUGUUAAACAAAUCAAAAUAUAUUUUAUAUUUUAGAUUCUUCAAGUAGCCAUCCUUUGCCUUGAUGACAUCUUUGAACACUCUUGAUGACAGCUUUGCACACUCCACAGAGUUCCUCUGUGGAGAUGGGAGAAACUUCCAGAAGGACAACCAUCUCUGCAGCACUCCACCAAUCAGGCCUUUAUGGUAGAGUGGCCAGACGGAAGCCACUCCUCAGUAAAAGGUACAUGACGGCCCGCUUGGAGUUUGCCAAAAGGCACCUAAAGGACUCUCAGACCAUGAGAAACAAGAUUCUCUGGUCUGAUGGAACCAAGAUUGAACUCUUUGGCCUGAAUGACAAGCGUCACGUCUGGAGAAAACCUUGCACCAUCCCUACGGUGAAGCAUGGUGGUGGCAGCAUCAUGCUGUGGGGAUGUUUUUCAGUGGCAGGGACUGGGAGACUGUACAGGAUCAAGGGAGAGACGAACUGAGCAAAGUACAGAAGAGAUCCUUGAUGAAAACCUGCUCUUGAGCGCUCAGACUGUGGUGAAGGUUCACCUUCCAACAGGACAAUGACCCUAAGCACACAGCCAAGACAACGCAGGAGUGGCUUCGGGACAAGUCUCUGAAUGUCCUUGAGUGGCCCAGCCAGAACCCGGACUUGAACCCGAUCGAACAUCUUUAGAGAGACCUGAAAAUAGCUGUGCAGCGACACUCCCCAUCCAACCUGACAGAGUUUGAGAGGAUGUGCAGAGAAAAAUGUGAGAAACUCCCCAAAUACAGGUGUGCCAAGCUUGUAGCAUCAAACCCAAGAAGACUCAAGGCUGUAAUUGCUUGCUUCAACAAAGUACUGAGUAAAGGGUCUGAAUACUUAUAUAAAUGUGAAAUGUAGUUGUUUAUUUUUAAUAAAUGUGCAGAAAUGUCUAAAAACCAGUUUUGGCUUUGUCAUUAUGGGGUAUUGUGUGUAGAUUGAUGAGGGGAAAAAACUAUUUAAUCCAUUUUAGAAUAAGGCUGUAACGUAAUAAAAUGUGGAAAAAGUAAAGGGGUCUGAAUACUUUCCGAAUGCACUGUAUAUACACUACUGUUCAAAAGUUUGGGGUCACUUAGAAAUGUCCUUGUUUUCAAAAGAAAAGCAAUUUUUUUGUCCAUUAAAAUAACAUCAAAUUGAUCAGAAAUACAGUGUAGACAUUGUUAAUGUUGUAAAUGGCUAUUGUAGCUGGAAACGGCUGAUUUUUAAUGGAAUAUCUACAUAGGCGUACAGAGGCCCAUUAUCAGCAACCAUCAGUCCUGUGUUCCAAUGUCACGUUGUGUUUGCUAAUCCAAGUUUAUCAUUUUAAAAGGCUAAUUGAUCAUUAGAAAACCCUUUUGCAAUUAUGUUAGCACAGCUGAAAACUGUUGUGCUGAUUAAAGAAGCAAUAAAAAUGGCCUUCUUGAGACUAGUUGAGUAUCUGGAGCAUCAGCAAUUGUGGGUUCGAUUACAGGCUCAAAAUGGCCACAAACAAAUAACUUUCUUCUGAAACUCGUCAGUCUAUUCUUGUUCUAAGAAAUGAAGGCUAUUCCAUGCGAGAAAUUGCCAAGAAACUGAAGAUCUCGUACAACGCUGUGUACUACUCCCUUCACAGAACAGUGCAAACUGGCUCUAACCAGAAUAGAAAGAGGAGUGGGAGGCCCCGGUGCACAACUGAGCAAGAGGACAAGUACAUUAGAGUGUCUAGUUUGAGAAACAGACGCCUCACAGGUCCUCAACUGGCAGCUUCAUUAAAUCGUACCCGCAAAACACCAGUCUCAACGUCAACAGUGAAGAGGCGACUCCGUGAUGCUGACCUUCUAGGCAGAGUUGCAAAGAAAAAGCUAUAUGUCAGACUGGCCAAUAAAAAGAAAAUAUUAAGAUGGGCAAAAGAACACAGACACUGGACAGAGGAAGAUUGGAAAAAAGUGUUAUGGACAGACUGAUCGAAGUUUGAGGUGUUCGGAUCACAAAGAGGAACAUUUGUGAGAUGCAGACCAAAUGAAAAGAUGCUGGAGGAGUGCUUGAUGCCAUCUGUCAAUUAUGGUGGAGGCAAUGUGAUGGUCUGGGGGUGCUUUGGUGGAGGUAAAGUGGGAGAUUUGUACAGGUUAAACGGGCUAUCACUCCAUUUUGCAACGCCAUGCCAUACCCUGUGGACGGCGCUUGAUUGGAACCAAUUUCCUCCUACAACAGGACAACGACCCAAAGCACAGCUCCAAACUAUGCAAGAACUAUUUAGGGAAGAAGCAGUCAGCUGGUAUUCUGUCUAUAAUGGAGUGGCCAGCACAGUCACCGGAUCUCAACCCUAUUGAGCUGUUGUGGGAGCAGCUUGACCGUAUGUUACGUAAGAAGUCCCCAUCAAACCAAUACAACUUGUGGGAGAUGUUCAGGAAGCAUGGGGUGAAAUCUCUUCAGAUUACCUCAACAAAUUGACAGUUAGAAUGCCAAAGGUCUACAAGGCAGUAAUUGCUGCAAAUGGAGGAUUCUUUGACAAAAGCAAAGUUUGAAGGACACAAUUAUUAUUUCAAUUAAAAAUCAUUAUUUCUAACCUUGUCAAUGAUUACAUUUCCUAUUCAUUUUGCUAUAUUUCCUAUUCAAACUCAUUUCAUGUAUGUUUUCAUGGAAAACAAUGACAUUUCUAAGUGACCCCAAACUUUUGAACGGUAGUGUAUAUCUAGUGUGUGUGUGUGUGUGUGUGUGUGUGUGUGUGUGUGUGACACAUAUAGCAGGAGUUGGAAGACAUCUCCGCUUUAUAGGCAUGAAAGGUCAUGAUAUCUGUUGUUUUUCAUUAUUGCACUUCAGUCAGCAACAGCUUUGGAGCUCAGACACUGGUUAGAGGAAUCUCUAUCCAAUCAAAUACUUUUAUAGGUUUGUACAGUAGUGUUAUUGGGUGAUGAAAACCAUUGUUGGGGAGUAGUGAACUACAUUUAGUUAAACUAACUACAUUUUGCAGUAGCUUUGUGGUAGUUGAACUAAAUUCAAAUCUAGGUAGUGUUUUGUGUAGUUAAUUACUUUUUAGCAAUGUAGCACUGUAGCUAACUACUGGAACACAAAAAUAAACUCUGGACGAUGUAGGCUAUAAUGUUCUUUAUUUUCUGGCAUCAGACCUGCCUAAUUCUCACUUGAAAAACAGUUUUCUGUGUGCUUGAUAGGUAAAAUUAGGCUACACACUCUGUUAACAUAUUACCCCAAAGUGAUCUGUCUUUCAUUUUGUAGUCUAAGACAUUUCAGAUUUACAUAUGAUAAUCUUUCACUAAAUAGUUGUGGAUGUAAGUAAACUAUAUUUUUCUGAAGAGCAGCUUGUGUAGCUUAACUUCUUCCAGUGUGAUGUAAUGGUUAGCUUAUAUUUUCAAAGUAGCUUCCCCAACACUGAUGAAAACCAUCAAGGCUCUAUAUAACUGUGAGUUCACAGGUACAUUGUGCUAUUGGUCAAAGGACCUACCUGAUGUGUGCUGAUUUUCAUUCUAACUGGUCCCUGAGAUACAGUGCAUUUGGAAAGUAUUCAGACCCCUUGACUUUUUCCACAUUUUGUUACGUUACAGCCUUAUUCUAAAAUUGAUUAAAUAGUUUUUUUCUUCAUCAAUCUACACACAAUACCCCAUAAUGACAAAGCGAAAACAUUUUGAGAAAUGUGUGCAAAUGUAUUACAAAUAAAAAACAGAAAUACCUUAUUUACACAAAUAUUCAUUACUUUUAAUCCAAUUUAGAAUAAGGCUGUAACGUAACAAAAUGUGGAAAAAGUCAAGAGGUCUGAAUACUUUCCGAAUGCACUGUAUACUUACGAGCACAAUGGUGUCACAUUUAGUUUAGUAUCCAAUCUGAAUCAAACAUAAUUGUCUAUGAUUGAUUGGAAUGCAAACCUGAGUUCAUAGUAAGGCCUCAGGUCCAGCAAUGAGAAAGGCUGCUGCAUCAGCAAGCGUGGCUACUUUAUGAUUUUUGGUUGGAUACUUUUAUAUUAUGCAGCACAAAAAAGCCAACCAAAGCAGAAAAUGACCUUUGUUGCUCCCAAAGCAAUGAACAUGAGUUGGAUGUGAUGUUUUCAGAGGUUGCCUGGUAGUUACGUACUACUUUAUUCGUGGACUGAGAUUUCAUUAAUGACCCAGUGAAGUGAUUACUUCAAAUUCAAGUAUUGUUUCCUGUGGUAUUACAGUAUUAUUAGCUUUGAAUCAGAAAACACUGCAUCCCAUGUUGAGAUACAAUACAAUAAUUUCCCUCAUAUUAGGGUUUAGAAAUACGUACAGGAACUACUCAUUCGGAUAGUGGUGGUAAAUGUAAGACCUUUUUACUCUCUGUUGAUCAGACUUUAUUAAACUGUUUAUACAUAUUUCAGAAUAUGGAUUUUUGAGUCUCGCAUAAAAAGAGUCCAUUUUUAUUCCACCCACCACAUUGUCAAUUUACAGCGAUGAAUAAAUGAUAAUAGACUCUGGAAUUAAAGUAGGCUACAUUUUGGGAGGGUUUCAGACUGACGGCAGACCUCACGCACUCUGUUUACAGUCAUGCAAUCUGAGACAGAACUGGUUUCAGACUGACGGCAGACCUCACGCACUCUGUUUACAGUCAUGCAAUCUGAGACAGAACUGGUUUCAGACUGACGGCAGACCUCACGCACUCUGUUUACAGUCAUGCAAUCUGAGACAGAACUGGUUUCAGACUGACGGCAGACCUCACGCACUCUGUUUACAGUCAUGCAAUCUGAGACAGAACUGGUUUCAGACUGACGGCAGACCUCACGCACUCUGUUUACAGUCAUGCAAUCUGAGACAGAACUGGUUUCAGACUGACGGCAGACCUCACGCACUCUGUUUACAGUCAUGCAAUCUGAGACAGAACUGGUUUCAGACUGACGGCAGACCUCACGCACUCUGUUUACAGUCAUGCAAUCUGAGACAGAACUGGUUUCAGACUGACGGCAGACCUCACGCACUCUGUUUACAGUCAUGCAAUCUGAGACAGAACUGGUUUCAGACUGACGGCAGACCUCACGCACUCUGUUUACAGUCAUGCAAUCUGAGACAGAACUGGUUUCAGACUGACGGCAGACCUCACGCACUCUGUUUACAGUCAUGCAAUCUGAGACAGAACUGGUUUCAGACUGACGGCAGACCUCACGCACUCUGUUUACAGUCAUGCAAUCUGAGACAGAACUGGUUUCAGACUGACGGCAGACCUCACGCACUCUGUUUACAGUCAUGCAAUCUGAGACAGAACUGGUUUCAGACUGACGGCAGACCUCACGCACUCUGUUUACAGUCAUGCAAUCUGAGACAGAACUGGUUUCAGACUGACGGCAGACCUCACGCACUCUGUUUACAGUCAUGCAAUCUGAGACAGAACUGGUUUCAGACUGACGGCAGACCUCACGCACUCUGUUUACAGUCAUGCAAUCUGAGACAGAACUUUUCCCCCUCUACAAUUUAUGAGACACUUUUAGGUGUCUCUAAGGGCAGGGUUAGCGUUAUGCAUAUAAACACCAUAAUUGAAAAGCGGGUUGAGCAGUUUCAUCUACAGUAUUGGAGGAUAGAGUAUCUAUGUAGGCUUUGUUGUGUCCUUAUAGCUGCGCACAAACAUUCAGCACCGCAGACAGCACCACGAUCUGAGCAGACUUAAACAAGGGACUGGUAAACCGGUUCAGCACCAUGGCCACUAACAGCGCCACGCCGCAGCUCUUAACUAGCAUUUGUGGUGCUAGGUAUCAACAGCUAAUCCAGUAGGGGCUGGAAGCUAUAGUGAGCUUCGAUUGGUGAAACGCGGCGCGAUCGCUGAGUAUUUGCAUAAAGUUCUGCUUUCCCCAAAUUAGGUCCCGCCGUGUUCACACUCCGUCGCCCAUGCUCACAUCGCCCACUUCACUUCACUUCACUUCACUUCACUUCAGUUGAAAAUGAAUGGCUUUCCGUAGUUUCACUGUGUUCUGUGGACCAUUGAGUUGUGUUGUCUCACUGUGUUGUCUCACUGGGUUGUCUCACUGGGUUGUCUCUGUUCUCUCCACAGCCGUGCCCUUCCCCCUGAGUCAUCGCCUCACAUUGAAGGAGGUGUUUGACUGUGAGGGGAAGCCCAGGGUGGACCUGCUCAAAGCCCACCUCACCAAGGAGGGCCGCGUGGAGGAGGCUGUGGCACUACGCAUCGUCAACGAGGGUGCCGCCAUCCUGCGCCAGGAGAAAACCAUGCUGGACAUAGAAGCACCAGUCACAGGUUAGAAGCAGGGAUCACCUUUAACUUACACUCUGGUGAAACACACUGACUGACAUUCACAGCAUUCACAACAUUCACAGCAUUGACAGCAUUCACAGCAUUCACAGCAUUCACAGCAUUCACAGCAUUCACAACAUUCACAACAUUCACACCAUUCACAGCAUUCACAGCAUUCACAGCAUUCACAUCAACAGUGAGAAGGAAGGGUGUAGUAUCAAAAUGUUGAAGACCUGCUGUCAGAAUGGGUAUGAUUUAUGCUGGUUAUUUUGUCCAGUGGCGAGUGAGAAAGAGUAUUAUGCCUGUGGUAGCUGUGAAAGUGGGUCCGUGGGCUUAAAGUGCUUCCGAUUGAGGGACUAUUUUAUGAGCAGGUUAGUCUGAGAGUGAGUCUGAGCUCUGGAGUAAACUCUGGGAGAAAGUACUUUCGUUUGGUGUAUAGAUGUAUGUCUGUGUACGAAGGUGUAUGACUGUAAGCAAAUACUAGUAGGCUAGUAGGAGUGUGAGUGUCUGAAAAAGUGAAACAGGAAGACAAGAGAGACUGGGAGUGAGUUCUUGACCUGAAAUACAAAAAUAAACUCCAAAGUACCUGACAGGAGUUGAAAUGAAGAUGAAUGGUAGAGACAUCAAAGCAGGACUCUAUAUGCAGCGUCCCAUAGCAGGUAGCUGUCACUUUCAGUAUCAUCUGCAUUAUGGUCAUGGAACAAUAAUAUAUUCCUUAAGCACAUCAGCACAUCAAGCGCUCUGCAUCUCUCUUCAUCUUUCUUUUCAAGGAUCAGAUCAAUGUUGAGUGUUGUUUUGCCUCUCAGACAGACAUGGAUGGACAGGCACUUAUACGUGAUGAGGAACACAGUACAUUGAGGCUUGUUCAACCAAUCAAUGCAGCAGUUUAUCUUAUGAGCCGUAGUGGAAGAUCGUCACCUCACCUGCAUAUGACCUCACCAUCAUGUUGGGAUAACUCAACUCAAUAUGAGUACAGAUGUAUGAUGUUAAUUUGAUCGCACUGUAGUCCUGAAAUGAAGGACAUUUAAAACAUGUAGUGUAUUUUAGGUUUAAAAAGGCUUCUGAAGUUUGUAAUUUCCAAUUUGAAAUUUCAGACUUGAUUUUCCCUUUCUAAAAAAUGUAUCAACCCCUACAAAAAUGUCCAUUAAUUACAAUCCACAUAAUAUUUAAAAUGUCCUGUUGCUGCAGGAUUAUUUUCCUGCUGUAGCAAACUGGCUCAAAUUAAGAUCCUACAUCUGUAGAUGUGUUUCCUUUUUAAAUCAAUAUGGCUGAACAGUCCAGCACAUAGUUUGUGUGGGAUUCUUCAGGCUUUUAGCUUGCUUAUAUUCAAAUGGUACACGUUGUUAGGUAUGCCCUACUCAUAUAUUAGCAAGCAAGCUAGCUAACAUAUGCUAACAUCAACAACUACCGCUAGCUAAUGCUAGCAGCCCUUCUGGCCUUUCCUAUUGCAGGGAUCACAUAUCACAGUCGUAGCAAGUACAUUUUCCCUCAAUAAAGUACACUCUUAGAAAAAAGGGUUCAAAAAGGGUUAUUUGGCUGUCCCCAUAGGAUAACCUUUUCUGGUUCUGGGUAGAACCCUUUUUGGUUCAGGAUAAACUAUUUUGGGUUCCAUGUAGAACCCUCUGGGAAAGGGUUCUACAUGGAACCCAAUAGGGUUCUACCGGGAACCAAAAAGGGUUCUUGAAAGGGUUCUCCUAUGGGGACAGCCGAAGAACCCUUUUAGAGUCUAGAUAGCACCCUUUUUCUAAGAGUGUUGGUAUCAGCAAAGUCAGUGCUAGUACAAAAAGACAAGUGCAGGUUUGUUAAGCCGUGGGAUUUCUAUUUGCUUGUUUGUUUACUCUAGCACCAUUGGACAUUUUUACUUUUGCGACAAGGUCACACAAGACCCCUCUGGAUUCCCCUAGUUCAGCCUGCCUAUACACUGACUCUACCAGGAGCCCAGUGGCACCUUUUGUCCCUGGGCUGAUAGCCAUCCAGCCCACAGUGAUGGUAGUGCUGAUCAACCCCUCAGUCCUGACUCAUCCACACCACAGAGCAUGAUUACAUCCCAGCCAUAGCUGCCUGCCUGCUGGAGCACCCAGGUGGUCCAAAUGGACUGAUAUACCCUUUCAAAAAUACUAUGCUCCUUUGGAUAUUUUAAAUGUGAGAAGCCAUUUAGAUGCAAUUGCGAGAGAGGGAGAGAGUUUACGUGUGCGUGCAUGCAUGUUUGUUUGUUGUAGAUAGACAUGUGGUAUAGCUACACUGCUUUUUGAUGGUACUGGGAAACAAUAGCAAGAGUAAAUGUAUUUGCCAUUACGUCCAAUCACAUAGGAGGUAGACCUAUUUACUAUGACAGCUACUAAGCAUGCACAUAGCUUCUUGCAUAUUUAAUACAGUCUUGACAUUAAUAAUACAUGUUUUCAAGGUUUAAUUUGCCCUAGUUUUGGCUAAUCUGAGCAAGUCAUUAUGAACAAAGGUGUUAGACUAACCAUCAACACGUGCACACAACCAAUCCGCACACAAAGGCGCUUACUGUAAAAACACGCACGCACACACAUAAACCUGAAAACACACAACAGCGCAGCAAAUGCACACUCACUCGCGCAUCUCUGGAUGCUGGAUCACAUACACAUCCUCGUUGUUAUCGGAUUUAGUCGUUCCUCUGUCAUUAAGCCCAGUAGUCAUGGGAUGGUAGAUGCAGACAAACUUACAUAAUACUGCCUCCAGAAAUGAAGAGAUUGAAGAAUGGUGUGAGAGAGUGACAGAGAAGGGAAAGAAAUAGAGGGAAACAGAGAAAUAGUGGGUAUGGGGGAAAUGUGGACGAGUGAAUAACAGAAUGGUAGUAGAGAGAAAAAGAUAGAGAGAUAAUGGAAGAGGGAAUAGCAGGGAAGAGAGAGAGAGAGGAGGGGGUGGUAAUGGUGGUUCUGUUCUGGUCACUUCAGCCUCUUCUCCCCUCCCCCAUGUCUGAAUCUCCUCCCAUACUGAGGCCAUGGAGGACAGGAGGGCUGGAGUAAGGUAUUAGAGAUGGAGGGAGAGGAGGGCUGGAGUAAGGUAUUAGAGAUGGAGGGCUGGAGUAAUGUAUUAGAGAUGGAGGGAGAGUAAGGUAUUAGAGAUGGAGGGAGAGUAAGUUAUUAGAGAUGGAGGGAGAGUAAGGUAUUAGAGAUGGAGGGCUGGAGUAAGGUAUUAGAGAUGGAGGGAGAGUAAGGUAUUAGAGAUGGAGGGCUGGAGUAAUGUAUUAGAGAUGGAGGGAGAGUAAGGUAUUAGAGAUGGAGGGAGAGUAAGGUAUUAGAGAUGGAGGGCUGGAGUAAGGUAUUAGAGAUGGAGGGAGAGUAAGGUAUUAGAGAUGGAGGGAGAGGAGGGCUGGAGUAAGGUAUUAGAGAUGGAGGGAGAGUAAGGUAUUAGAGAUGGAGGGAGAGUAAGGUAUUAGAGAUGGAGGGAGAGUAAGGUAUCAGAGAUGGAGGGAGAGGAGGGCUGGAGUAAGGUAUUAGAGAUGGAGGGAGAGUAAGGUAUUAGAGAUGGAGGGAGAGUAAGGUAUUAGAGAUGGAGGGAGAGUAAGGUAUCAGAGAUGGAGGGAGAGGAGGGCUGGAGUAAGGUAUUAGAGAUGGAGGGAGAGGUUCACCAUGUUACAUCAGUAUAGCUAGUGUUCAGUGUUCAUCCAGCACCAAUGAGACUGGGCUGUAACAUGAGACUCAACCAAUUUGCUUUGUCGGAUAACUGCCAAUUGUAUAUUUAUCUUGUGUUUAUACAGGUGAUCCCAUUGAGAGUAGAAGUCUAUUUGUACAGGGGGCAGGGUCUGUCCUGUUCCUGUGCUAUGAUUUACUUUAAAAUAGGCACACUGUGUAUCACUGACAUUAUGGGUCAUAGUUUCUUAAAAAUAUUUGUUUAAUUUGUUAUCAGUACCCAUUUUCAUUUAAUUCCUGCUCUGAAAGGUAUUGGUUACCAUUGUACACAUCAUGCCAGUUGUACACAUUAUGAAUUAACAUAGCACACAGAUGACUCCUCCCCUUGGGACUGAUUAAUUAGUAGACUGGCUCCUCCCCCCAGGACUGACUAAUUGGUAGACUGGCUCCUCCCCCUGGGACUGACUAAUCGGUAGACUAACCUUGACUGAUUGGUGGACUGACUGAUGAAAUGGUUGAGUGAUUGGUGGGAGAUGGUAAAUGGAGACAGGAUACCUUAGUUACAGUACAGGAGUAGUCCUUGCCCCCUCCGGUAAACUAGCACCACAAAAAGGAGGCUAACAUGCUUUAUUUAUUGAGCAUGAAAUAUGGAUGAUGAUGUGUGUAUCAGUGCAUGGACAUCUGUGAGCAUGGAGCUGCAACUGUGGUGCUCUAUGUAGGACUGUUGUGCUCUCCCUAGCACUGUGUGUAAAUGUCUGUGCAUACAUGUGCAUGAAUGUGUGUCUGUGUGUGUACUACUGUAUGUGCUGUGCACAUAUGCUAUUUGUGCAUGUGUCUGUGUGUGUUUGUUUGAUUCCUUUAGUCACACAAGCAGAGGCUCCCACAUACUCACGUUGCUCUGAGCUUUGAGUGGGCGAAGGCCACAGUGGAGCUGAUAGGAGGAGACAUGGAGAGGAGAGGAGAGGGAGGGAGGGAGGGAGGGGAGAGGAGAGGAGAGGAGAGGAGAGGAGAGGAGAGGAGAGGAGAGGAGAGGAGAGGAGAGGACAGGACAGGACAAGAGAGGACAGGAGAGGAGAGGAGGAGGGCGAGUGGGAGAGAAAUAGAGUGAAAGAGUAGAAAACAGGGGAAAGAUGAAAAAAUAAGAUGCAGGUUUGCUCUGUAGUGCCAGUGUUGAGCUCCCAGAGUCCAGUUGUUAUUGUCUGCAGGGAGUGGAGCAGCCAGCCAGCCAGAGUCCCAAGCUCCCAGGCUCCCUCAACCAGGCCCAGGGUCCCUGAGCCACCCACACUUCCUACUGGGGGUAGAGAGAGAGAGGCCUCUGGGGCAAAAACCCAGGCAGCAUCUCCAUGCCAACACUGCGCGAGGGCGAGAGAAAUGAAAACUAUUUAUUCUCAUAAAAAUCACAUUGCCAUGGCAACAGGAGUUUGCAACUUCUACAGCUCUCUCUCUCUCUCUUACUCUCUCUCUCUCUCUCUCCCUCUCUGAGAGAAUCAAUGAGCCGAGAAGCAGCACAAAUCUUCUACUCUAACUUACACAGGGAAUGCAUGCAUCACACACUCUCUUUAUUUCUUUGUACCACACACACAGGCAGACUAACAAGCACACACACACAAACCUUUGUAUCCUUUAUCAUCUAUAAAAUUCCCUCUGUUAUGUACAGUAUGUAGUAGUGCUAACAGACCCAGUGAUAAUGUGUUUAUGUGUUCUCAUGGUGUGGGAUGUGAUGUUUUGCAGUGUGUGGGGACAUCCAUGGGCAGUUCUUUGACCUUAUGAAGCUGUUUGAAGUGGGUGGCUCGCCGGCCACGACACGGUACCUCUUCCUGGGAGACUAUGUGGACCGGGGAUACUUCAGUAUCGAGGUAAGAGACACCCACUGAACAUCCUCCUCCCUUAAUGCUCAUAAACUGUUAGUAUCUUUGUCUGUACGUGUUUACUUCAACACCUCAAUUUAAUCCAAUGCACAUAGAGAUAUACCAUAUACAGUGCAUUCGGAAAGUAUUCAGACUCCUUCACUUUUUCCACAUUUUGUUACGUUACAGCCUUAUUUUAAAAUUUAUUAAAUUGUUUUUUUCCCCUCAUCAAUCUACAUACAAUACCAUAUAAUGACAAAGCAAAAACAGGUUUUUAGAAAUAUCACAUUUACAUACACUACCAGUUAAAAGUUUGGACACACCUACUCAUUCAAGGGUUUUUCUUUAUUUUUAGUAUUUUAUACAUUGUAGAAUAAUAGUAAAGACAUCAAAACUAUGAAAUAACACAUAUGGAAUCAUGUAGUUACCAAACAAUUGUUAAACAAAUCAAUAUAUAUUUUAUAUUUGAGAUUCUUCAAAUAGCCUCCCUUUACCUUGAUGACAGCUUUGCAGACUCUUGGCAUUCUCUUAACCAGCUUCACAUGGAAUGCUUUUCCAACCGUCUUGAAGGAAUUCCCACAUAUGCUGAGCACUUGUUGGCUGCUUUUCCUUCACUCUGCGGCCCGACUCAUCCCAAACCAUCUUAAUUGGUCGGGAGAUUGUGGGGGCCAGGUCAUCUGAUGCAGCACUCCAUCACUCUCCUUCUUGGUCAAAUAGCCCUUACACAGCCUGGAGGUGUGUUGGGUCAUUGUCCUGUUGAAAAACAAAUGAUAGUCCCACUAAGCGCAAACCAGAUGGGAUGGCGUAUCGCUGCAGAAUGCUUUGGUAGCCAUGCUGGUUAAGUGUGCCUUGAAUUCUAAAUAAAUCACAGACAGUGUCACCGGCAAAGCACCCCCACACCAUAACACCUCCUCCUCCAUGCUUUACGGUGGGAAAUACACAUGUGGAGAUCAUCCGUUCACCCACUCUCCAAUUUGGACAGUGGGACUCCAGAUCAGAGGACAAAUUUCCACCGGUCUAAUGUCCAUUGCUCGUGUUUCUUGGCCCGAGCAAGUCUCUUCUUCUUAUUGGUGUCCUUUAGUAGUGGUUUCUUUGCAGCAAUUCGACCAUGAAGGCCUGAUUCACACAGUCUCCUCUGAACAGUUGAUGUUGACAUGUGUCUGUUACUUGAACUCUGUGAAGCAUUUAUUUGGGCUGCAAUUUCUGAGGCUGGUAACUCUAAUGAACUUAUCCUUCCAUUCCUGUGGCAGACCUCAUGAAAGCCAGUUUCAUCAUAGCGCUUGAUGGUUUUUGUGACUGCAUUUGAAGAAACUUUCAAAGUUCUCGAAAUGUUCCAUAUUGACUGACCUUCAUGUCUUAAAAAUAAUGAUGGACUGUUGUUUCUCUUUGCUUAUUUGAGCUGUUCUUGCCAUAAUAUGGACUUGGUCCGUUCAUCCACCUCUGGCCUGCUGGCCCCCCUACCUCUGCGGAAGCACAGUUCCCGCUCAGCCCAGUCAAAACUGUUCGCUGCUCUGGCACCCCAAUGGUGGAACAAGCUCCCUCACGACGCCAGGACAGCGGAGUCACUCACCAUCUUCCGGAGACACUUGAAACCCCACCUCUUUAAGGAAUACCUGGGAUAGGAUAAAGUAAUCCUUCUACCCCCCCUUACCCCACCCCCAAAAAAUAAAAAAAAUAAAAAAACAUAUUGUAAAGUGGUUAUCCCACUGGCUAUAAGGUGAAUGCACCAAUUUGUAAGUCGCUCUGGAUAAGAGCGUCUUCUAAAUGACGUAAAUGUAAAUGUAAAUGGUCUUUUACCAAAUAGGGCUAUCUUCUGUAUACCCCCCCCUACCUUGUCACAACACAACUGAUUGUAAGAAGGAAAUAAAUUCCACAAAUUAACUUUUAGCAAGGCACACCUGUUAAUUGCAAUGCAUUCCUCAUGAAGCUGGUUGAGAGAAUGCCAAGAGUGUGCAAAGCUGUCAUCAAGGCAAAGGGUGGCUAUAUAAAAUAUAUUUAGAUUUGUUUAACACCUUUUGGGUUACUACAUGAUUCCAUAUGUGUUAUUUCAUUCUACAAUGUAGAAAAUCGUAAAAAAUUAAGAUAAACCCUUGAAUGAGUAGGUGUGUCCAAACCUUUGACAGGUUCUGUAAGUAUUCAGACCCUUUACCCAGUACUUUGUUGAAGCACCUUUGGCAGCAAUUACAGCCUUGAGUCUUCUUGGGUAUGACGCAACAAGCUUGGCACACCUGAAUUUGGGGAGUUUCUCCCACUUCUCUGCAGAGCCUCUCAAGCUCUGUCAGGUUGGAUGGGGAGCGUCGCUGCACAGCUAUUUUUACGUCUCUCGAGAGAUGUUCGAUCGGUUUAAAGUCCAGGCUCUGGCUGGGCCAUUCAAGGACAUUCAGAGACUUGUCCCAAAGCCACUCCUGCGUUGUCUUGGCUGUGUGCAUAGGGUCGUUGUCCUGUUGGAAGGUGAACCUUCGCCCCAGUCUGAGGUCCUGAGUGCUCUGGAGCAGGUUUUCAUCAAGGAUCUCUCUGUACUUUGCUCCAUUCAUUUUUCCUUCGAUCCUGACUAGUCUCCCAGUCCCUGCCGCUGAAAAACAUCCCCACAGCAUUAUGCUGCCACCACCAUGCUUCACCAUAGGGAUGGUGCCAGGUUUCGUUCAGACGUGACGCUUGGCAUUCAUGCCAAAGACUUCAAUCUUGGUUUCUUCAGACCAGAGAAUCUUGUUUCUCAUGGUCUGAGAGUCCUUUAGGUGCCUUUUGGCAAACUCCAAGCGGGCUGUCAUGUGCCUUUUACUGAGGAGUGACUUCCGUCUGGCCACUGAUGGAGUGAUUGGUGGAGUGCUGCAGAGAUGGUUAUCCUUCUGGAAAGUUCUCCCAUCUCCACAGAGGAACUCUGGAGCUCUGUCAGAGUGACCAUCAGGUUAUUUGUCACCUCCCUGACCAAGGCCAUUCUCCCCCAUUGCUCAGUUUGGCCGGGCGGCCAGCUCUAGGAGGAGUCUUGGUGGUUCCUAACUUUUUAAAUGUAAGUAUGAUGGAGGCCACUGUGUUCCUGGGGACCUUCAAUGCUGCAGAAAUGUUUUGGUACCCUUCCCCAGAACUGUGCCUCGACACAAUGCUGUCUCACAGCUCUACGGACAGUUCCUUCGUCCUCGUGGCUUGGUUUCUGCUCUGACAUGCACUGUCAACUGUGGGACCUUAUAUAGACAGGUGUGUGCCUUUCCAAAUCAUGUCCAAUCAAUUGAAUUUGCUAUGAGACUCGAACCAAUUUCGAGUCUCAUAGCAAAGGGUCUGAAUACUUAUUUAUAAAGUUGCAAAAAAAACGAAAAACCUGUUAUUAUGGGGUAUUGUGUGUAGAUUGAUGAGGAAAUGUUUUAAUUUAAUCCAUUUUAGAAUAAGGCUAUAACGCAACAAAAUGUGGAAAAAGUCAAGGGGUCUGAAUACUUUCCGAAUGUGCUGUACACACUCCAGACCUGGUUAUGAUGACUUCUGCCCCAGGUUACCAAUCCCCAAUAUUAUCACUCUACCUGGUUGGCUUUGACUGGAGGGCUUUCCUAUUAGGAGCCAUCAGGAGCUCAUUCUCUCUGCUGAGGCUACCUUUAAACUGAAGGCAUUCUGCUGUUUCCACUGAGAUGAGAUCGAUGGAAUCUCUGUCCUGCUGCCUCCCUCCCUGUGCCACUCCGUGCACUGUGCUGCUUCCAUGCUCUGCGUGACGAGGAGCUAUAGUGCACUGAAGCCCCGGAAAAACCGUGAGGAGGAAGGGGGAAUCAUCCAGUCACAAUGCAAUCGAUGCUGACACGCUGCAUUUGCAUAAAGGAGGGCUUUCCCGUUGGCAUGAGGGGUUGAUUAUCCUUAAACAGACUGGCUCCACCAAUUCUCAUGAUUAUCACACUACCUUUAUCAGCUGUCACCAAAUCAAUGGCUUGGGGUCCCUCAUCUGAGAUCAUCCAUAAUCAUAUAUGAUUAAAUGGAGGCCUGUUAGAGUUCAAAUAAAGGUCAAUUUUAUGCUUUUUCUGAUUUGAGCUUUGGGCAGUCAUUGAUCGUGAUACAGUCUGAUUUUAUAAUUCCCAUGUCAUGUUAUAUAAUGUUGAUUUUGUUAUCGUCAAGCUGCAGCCUGGUGCAGGCCUUUUUUCUUAGGCCCCGAACUGUGUAUUUUAUCAUGGUGUGUAUUUGUGUGUAUAUAAACUGAGCUAAUAACCCUCUUUAUCCACUCUCUUGACAGUGUGUUUUGUAUCUUUGGUCGUUGAAAAUCCUCUACCCAAAGACGCUAUUUUUACUGCGAGGAAACCACGAAUGUAGACAUUUGACAGAAUAUUUCACCUUCAAACAAGAAUGUGAGUACUGUCUCUCCAGAGAUGUUCUAUUUCUUUCUGUUUACUUCUCCCAUGACUUAUCAAUACCAUGUCUCACCUGGAGCACUAUUGAUGAAAAAAGAUAUCAUGCCUUGUUCCUUGAGAGAGGAGCAGGCAGGAGGUGAGGAGGACAGGUAGAUAUGGGAGAGGAGCAGGCAGGUGAGGAGGAGAGGUAGAUCUGGGAGAGGAGUAGGCAGGAGGUGAGGAGGACAGGUAGAUCUGGGAGAGGAGCAGGCAGGUGAGGAGGAGAGGUAGAUCUGGGAGAGGAGCAGGCAGGAGGUGAGGAGGACAGGUAGAUCUGGGAGAGGAGCAGGCAGGAGGUGAGGAGGACAGUUAAAUCUGGGAGAGGAGCAGGCAGGAGGUGAGGAGGACUGAGUUGGUGAUUGAGAGUUAAUGAUGAAACACUGCAUCGCAUAUAAGCACACACAAACAUAAACACACACACACAAACAAAGAUGAAACAGAGGCUUAUCUGAGGAGAAGUUGUGAUCAAUAUCAGAGAUCCCUGAGAUGAGAUGGGGAGGAAUGGGGAGAGUUGUUCUCUGGGGAGGAAUGGGACAGAAGGUAGAGGUGUUCUCUGGGGAGGAAUGGGGCAGAAGGUAGAGGUGUUCUCUGGGGAGGAAUGGGACAGAAGGUAGAGGUGUUCUCUGGGGAGGAAUGGGUCAGAAGGUAGAGGUGUUCUCUGGGGAGGAAUGGGACAGAAGGUAGAGGUGUUCUCUGGGGAGGAAUGGGACAGAAGGUAGAGGUGUUCUCUGGGGAGGAAUGGGACAGAAGGUAGAGGUGUUCUCUGGGGAGGAAUGGGGCAGAAGGUAGAGGUGUUCUCUGGGGAGGAAUGGGACAGAAGGUAGAGGUGUUGUCUGGGGAUGAAUGGGACAGAAGGUAGAAGUGUUCUCUGGGGAGGAAUGGGACAGAAGGUAGAGGUGUUCUCUGGGGAGGAAUGGGACAGAAGGUAGAGGUGUUCUCUGGGGAGGAAUGGGGCAGAAGGUAGAGGUGUUCUCUGGGGAGGAAUGGGACAGAAGGUAGAGGUGUUCUCUGGGGAGGAAUGGGACAGAAGGUAGAAGUGUUCUCUGGGGAGGAAUGGGACAGAAGGUAGAGGUGUUGUCUGGGGAUGAAUGGGACAGAAGGUAGAAGUGUUCUCUGGGGAGGAAUGGGACAGAAGGUAGAGGUGUUCUCUGGGGAGGAAUGGGACAGAAGGUAGAGGUGUUCUCUGGGGAGGAAUGGGGCAGAAGGUAGAGGUGUUCUCUGGGGAGGAAUGGGACAGAAGGUAGAGGUGUUCUCUGGGGAGGAAUGGGACAGAAGGUAGAAGUGUUCUCUGGGGAGGAAUGGGACAGAAGGUAGAGGUGUUCUCUGGGGAGGAAUGGGACAGAAGGUAGAGGUGUUCUCUGGGGAGGAAUGGGGCAGAAGGUAGAGGUGUUCUCUGGGGAGGAAUGGGACAGAAGGUAGAGGUGUUGUCUGGGGAUGAAUGGGACAGAAGGUAGAAGUGUUCUCUGGGGAGGAAUGGGACAGAAGGUAGAGGUGUUCUCUGGGGAGGAAUGGGACAGAAGGUAGAGGUGUUCUCUGGGUCUCUAGUCAUACAUUCAUGAAGAAGUGCAUGAUGGGGGUCAUCUUGUUCUCUGCUCAGUCUCAUCACACAAUAGAGCAUAUAUUAUGUGUGUGUGAGUGUAGAAAGAGGAUGGUUGGAUGUUCUUGAGGAUGAGAUAUUGUGUUAGUUCUUUCUUGGAGUAUCCAUUGCAGGCUGAAAUCUCUCUUACGUUUGAAUCAUGAAUUAAUGUCAAUAACAAUUGAAGCUAUUAACCCAUAUCUCACAUCAGGAUUCCACCUUUACUAAUGAUGAGUCCCUAUGUGUAUCAUUCUACUGAUCCAGUUGUCUCUAUGUCUGCCCCUCUCUGUGGUGAUCAGGUAAAAUCAAGUACUCGGAGCAGGUUUAUGAUUCAUGCAUGGACGCCUUUGACUGCCUUCCCCUGGCUGCCCUCAUGAACCAGCAGUUCCUGUGUGUCCACGGAGGACUCUCACCGGAAAUACACACCUUAGAUGACAUAAAGAAGGUACUUAACCACACCAUGGCAGUACCAAGCCAUGCAUAGGAAAAUCACAUUGACUGUGUCUUUUUUCUUUGCAUACUUGAGUACAGUACAUGUGCAUUUUGUUUGUUUGUGUGUGCCUGUGUGUGUCUGUCUGUCUGUGUGUGUGUGUGUGUGUGUGUGUGUGUGUGUGUGUGUGUGUGUGUGUGUGUGUGUGUGUGUGUGUGUGUGUGUGUGUGUGUGUGUGUGCCUACCAACCAGUGUGUGUGUGUGUAUGUCUGUGUCUGUGUCUAUGUGUGUGCAUGUUUUUAUGUUUUUAUGUCUGAAAAUGUGUGUAUUUGCAUUUGUCUGAAUUCAGCAUGUUUCUCUCUGCUGUAGAUAGACCGGUUCAAGGAGCCUCCAGCAUUUGGGCCCAUGUGUGACCUACUGUGGUCUGAUCCUCUGGAGGACUUUGGCAACGAGAAGACACAGGAGUUCUUCAGCCACAACACAGUCCGAGGCUGCUCCUACUUCUACAGGUCAGCUCUCUCACUCUCCUUUUCAACACUUUCUCUCAUCACUGUUCCUCAUGUUUUUGAGCCAUCAAGAUCACUCUUUUGUUGCUGAGAAGUGCACAUUUGUAGUGUAUUUGAGGUUUAAAAAUGCUUCUAAAGUUUGUCAUGUCCACUUUAAAAUGUCAGACUUGAUUUCCCCUAAGGAAAAAUGUAUCAACCCCUACAAAAAAUGUCAAUUAAUUAUAAUCCACAUAAUGAAUCACAUGUCCUGUUGUAUCAGGAGUAUUCUCCUGCUGUAGCAGACUGGCUCAAAUUAAGAUCCUACAUCUGUACCUCCAAACCAAAAUGAAUGAAUCCUAUCUCACACACACAAACACAAUUGUAUAGACACACGGAUAUACAGCACAUACAGUGCAUUCGGAAAGUAUUCAGACCCCUUAACUUUUUCCACAUGUUGUUACGUUACAGCCUUAUUCUAAAAUGGACUUAAUCGUUUUUUUCCCCCUCAUCAAUCUACACACAAUACCCCAUAAUGACAAAGCAAAAACUGUUUUUUUUUUUUUUACAUUUUUGCAAAUGUAUUAAAUAUAUAAAAACUGAAAUAUCACAUUUACAUAAGUAUUCAGACCCUUUACUCAGUACUUUGUUGAAGAACCUUUGGCAGCGAUUACAGCCUCAAGUAUUGUGGGGUAUGACGCUACAAGCUUGGCACACCUGUAUUUGGGGAGUUUCUCCCAUUCUUCUUUACAGAUGCUCUCAAGCUCUGUCAGGUUGGAUGGGGAGCGUCGCUGCACAGCUAUUUUCAGGUCUUUCCAGAGAUGUUAGAUCGGGUUAAAGUCCAGGCUCUGGCUGGGCCACUCAAGGACAUUCAGAGACUAGUUCCGAAGCCACUCCUGCAUUGUCUUUGCUGUGUGCUGAGGUCCUGAGCGCUCUGGAGCAGGUUUUCAUCAAGGACUAGUCUCCCAGUCCCUUCCGCUGAAAAAAACAUCCCCACAGCAUGACACUGCCACCAUCAUGCUUCACCAUAGGGAUGGUGCCAAGUUUCCUCCAGACGUGAUGCUUGGCAUUCAAGCCAAAGAGUUCAAUCUUGGUUUCAUCAGACCAGAGAAUCUUGUUUCUCAUGGUCUGAGAGUCCUUUAGGUGCCUUUUGGCCAACUCCAAGCGGGGUGUCAUGUGCUUUUUACUGAGGAGUGGCUUCCAUCUGGGCACUCUAUCAUAAAGGCCUGAUUGGUUGAGUGCUGCAGAGAUGGUUGUCCUUCUGGAAAGUUCUCCCAUCUCCACAGAGGAACUCUGGAGCUUUGUCAGAGUGACCAUUGGGUUCUUGUUCACCUCCCUGACCAAGGCCCUUCUCCCCAGAUUGCUCAGUUUGGCCGGGCGGCCAGCUCUAGGAUGAGUCUUGGUGGUUCCAAACUUCUUCCAUUUAAGAAUGAUGGAGGCCACUGUGUUCUUGGGGACCUUCAAUGCAGCAGACAUUUUUUGGAACCCUUCCCCAGAUCUGUGCCUCGACACAAUCCUGUCUCGGAGCUCUACGGACAAUUGCUUCGACCUCAUGGCUUGGUUUUUGCUCUGACAUGCACUGUCAACUGUGUGCCUUUCCAAAUCAUAUCCAAUCAGUUGAAUUUACCACAGGUGGACUCCAAUCAAGUUGUAGAAACAUCUGAAGGAUGAUCAAUGGAAACAGGAUGCACCUGAGCUCAAUUUCGAGUCUCAUAGCAAAGGGUCUGAAUACUUAUGUAAAUAAGGUAUUUCUGUUUUUUAUUUUUUAUACAUUUGCUAACAUUUCUAAAAACCUGUUUUCGCUUUGUCAUUAUGUGGUAUUGUGUGUAGAUUGAUGAUGGAUUCUUUUUUUUAAAUCCAUUUUAGAAUAAGGCUGUAACGUAACAAAAUGUGGAAAAAGUGAAGGGGUCUGAAUACUUUCCGAAUGCACUGUAAAUACACACCACCUAUGUGCAUCUGUGUUGCCUCGGCUCUGUAUCCUGUAAGCAAUAGUGUAUGUCAUGUCUGUGUGAGAUGCAGCCGCUGCCCUGACCUACAUUCUGGGUGCCGAGGGAAUUUGGGUGGAAAGCCCUGGAUCUAUGGGCUUCAUACAGUAGGCUCUCCAGGAGCUCAGGGCACGGCCGUUAUUCUGUUAUUCUUUACAUUUUAGUCAUUUAGCAGACGCUCUUAUCCAGAGCGACUUACAGGAGCAAUUAGGGUUAAGUGCCUUGCUCAAGGGCACAUUUACGUCAUUUAGCAGACGCUCUUAUCCAGAGCGACUUACAAAUUGGUGCAUUCACCCUAUAGCCAGUGGGAUAACCACUUUCCAAAUUAUUAUUAUUAUUAUUAUUAUUUAUUUAUUUAUUUUUAUUUUUUUUUUUGGGGGGGGGGGGGUAGAAGGAUUACUUUAUCCUAUCCCAGGUAUUCCUUAAAGAUAUUUAUUGCGUAAACCUUCUAACACUUAAAUAUUUCACACGCUGAUUAACCUUUGAUGGGGCUGUGGAUGGCAGUGGCUGUGGGGAGGGGUAGAGGGGUUGGCGGCAGGAUGGGAUGGGUCAGCUCAACCUCUCCCUAUACACAGACUACAGACUACUGCGCGUAGACUGCUGUGCCCCAAAGCCGCUAGGGGGCCCCCGACCCCAAAAAAAUAAACUCCAUCUGGGUCUCAACUUAGUUUGGAGAGUUAGAAAAGUAGAAUACAUAAUGUGCAAUUAAAAAAUGUGGUAUUGCAUCAGCAGGUUUCCAAUUGAAGAGUUUCAUUUCAAAACGCUAUGUCCAUUUUCAGAAAUGUUGGUAAAUUCAUUUUUAUUGUUUAAAGAAAUUAUGAAAGAGAUUGGUGUGUUUUUUCACUCUCUAAUCAUGGCAUGGGGUUGUUCAAUGACAGAAAAGUAUUUGUUUAAAAUCUAUCACUUGAUGGUUUCAUUUCAGAGAGACAAAUAUUCAUGUUUGUUUUUGCAAAAUGUUAUAUAGCUGCCUCACUCUCAGAGAAAUAAGUAGUACUGCUAGGUUUUACACGGUCAAAUGUAACAAAUAACGACAUUUUUUAUAAAUAAAUGUACCAAUAAUAGAUUUGUGACACCAAUAUUUAUUUAACACAUUUUAAAUAAUAAUUCAGUACAGUAAUAUGAGAUCUGUAUGUAAAACAUUUACACUACCGGUCAAAAGUUUUAGAACACCUACUCAUUCAAGGGUUUUUCAUUAUUUUUUACUAUUUUCUACAUUGUAGAAUAAUAGUGAAGACAUCAAAACUAUGAAAUAACACAUAUGGAAUCAUGUAGUAACCAAAAAAGUGUUAAACAAAUCAAAAUAUAUUUUAUAUUUGAGAUUCUUCAAAUAGCCACCCUUUGCUUUGAUGACAGCUUUGCACACUUUUUUUUCAUAGUUUUGAUGUCUUCACUAUUAUUCUACAAUGUAGAAAAUAGUAAAAACAAAGAAAAACCCUUGAAUGAGUAGGUGUUCUAAAACUUUUGACCGGGAGUGUACAUAUGACAUUUACCCAGGGCGACUUACUUAGUGCAUUCAUCUUAAGAUAGCUAGGUGAGACAACCAUAUCACAUUCAAAUAUACAGGAUAUAAACAAUGGAUAUAUCGCGUUUAGCAAAAAAAAAACUUUUCAUACACAUCUCAAAUCUAUUAAUUAAAAAUAUGAGAACAGUAAUAUUUUACACACACAUGAAGGUACCCAUAAGCAAUCAUUUCUGAUGAAAAAAACACAAAUGUGAAAAAUUGGUGGAUAUAGAGUUUUGGAAAUAAACUCACUUUUUAUGUCAGUCACUCAAUUAGCCCAUGUCAGCUAAACAUUUUUAGAUUGCUAGGUAAGAUAGUCUAGCCAGUGGGGUCCAAAAUUAUUGAGACCCUUGAUAAAGAUGAGCUAUAAUGACUGUAUAAAAUAAAUAAUUCAAAUUCUGUAUGCUAUAUAAUAUUAUACUAAUACAAUUGCUCAGAGAAAAAUAUUUUGUUUAACAAGUAAUACUUUUUUCCUCAAAAAGGUAGGGGUCAAAAUUGAUACAUGUCACGCUCUGGCUCCGGGACUUUGUAUGUUGAGCCAGGGUGUGUUCGUUUCGUUGUGUUCUGUUUGGUUGGGUUGUUCUAUGUGGUUGUAUUUCUUUGUUUGGAUGAGUGACUCCCAAUCAGAGGUAACGAGUGUCAGCUGUUUGGCUCGUUGUCUCUGAUUGGGAGCCAUAUUUAUAAUGUCUGUUUUCACCUUGUGUUUGUGGGUUUUUGUUCCUUGUCAGUCAUUGUCUGAGGACGUUACGUAUCGUUUAUUGUUUUGUAUUCGUGUUUGCACUUUACUAUUAAAGUAUGUUCGCUCAACACGCUGCGCCUUGGUCCUCUCUAACCAACGAUCGUGACAGAAAAACCCACCUUAACCAGAUCAAGCAGCGUGACGAGGAGAGAGGAUGGACGUGGGAGGAGAUGAUUGCGAGUCUGGCAAGAGGGAGAGAGGCCUGGGCCACAGGGAGGAGAGACCCCCAGGAAAUUUUUAGGGGGGGGCUCACGACGUCGGGGCAGCAGGUGUACGGGUUAGAGCGCUGCAAAGCGUUGGCAGAGAAGGCCGCCAGGUUAGGGGGGCCACUGGGCACAGAGGAGAGGGAAAGUGUGGAGGCACGGCGAGAGGUACUGGGGUGUGUUACCAGUCCGGUCCGGCCCGUUCCUGAUCCCUGCGUGGGGCCAGUGGUGUGUGUCCCCAGUACGGUCCGGCCUGUUCCUGCCAUUCCCACCAAGGCAGUGGUGCGCGUCGUCAGCCCAGCCCGGCCUGUUCCUGCCAUUCCCACCAAGUCUGUGGUGUGCGUCGACAGCCCGGCCCGGCCUGUUCCUGCCAUUCCCACCAAGUCAGUGGUGCGCGUCGUCAGCCCAGCCCGGCCUGUUCCUGCCAUUCCCACCAAGUCAGUGGUGCACGUCGUCAGCCCAGCCCGGCCGGUUCCUGCCAUUCCCACCAAGUCAGUGGUGUGCGUCGACAGCCCAGCCCGGCCUGUCCCUGCUCCACGCACCAAGCCUACGAGGUGCGUCGCCAGUCCAGCCCGGCCUGUCCCUGCUCCACGCACAAAGCCUACGGUGUGCGUCGCCAGCCCAGCCCGGCCUGUUCCUGCUCCACGCACAAAGCCUACGGUGUGCGUCGCCAGCCCAGCCCGGCCUGUCCCUGCUCCACGCACAAAGCCUACGGUGUGCGUCGCCAGCCCGACCCGGCCUGUUCCUGCCACUCGCACCAAACCAGGGGUGCGAGUCGCCAGCCUGGUCCAACCCGUUCCUGCUACUCGCACCAAGCCAGGGGUGCGAGGCGUCAGCCUGGUCCAGCCCGUUCCUGCUACUCGCACCAAACCAGGGAUGCGAGUCGUCAGCCUGGUCCAGCUCGUUCCUGCUACUCGCACCAAACCAGGGAAUGGAGUCGUCAGUCCGGUGAGGCCCGUUCCUGUUCCACGCACCAAGCCAGGGGCGCGUGUCGUCAGUCCGGCUCCGACCAGCGGGGCUAGACAGGACCAGGGGUACUUUGGGGGGUUGGAGAGGAGGUGGGGAUCAGGGCCGGAGCCAGAACCACCGCCGAGGAGGUAUGCCCACCCAGACCUCCCUUGUUUAGCCCUUAUUGAGGCGCGGUCGCAGUCCGCGCCUUUAGGGGGGGGUACUGUCACGCUCUGGCUCCGGGACUUUGUAUGUUGAGCCAGGGUGUGUUCGUUUCGUUGUGUUCUGUUUGGUUGGGUUGUUCUAUGUGGUUGUAUUUCUUUGUUUGGAUGAGUGACUCCCAAUCAGAGGUAACGAGUGUCAGCUGUUUGGCUCGUUGUCUCUGAUUGGGAGCCAUAUUUAUAAUGUCUGUUUUCACCUUGUGUUUGUGGGUUUUUAUUCCUUGUCAGUCAUUGUCUGAGGACGUUACGUAUCGUUUAUUGUUUUGUAUUCGUGUUUGCACUUUACUAUUAAAGUAUGUUCGCUCAACACGCUGCGCCUUGGUCCUCUCUAACCAACGAUCGUGACAAUACACCUAAAUAUUCUUAGAAAUAAAGUAGUUAAAAGUUUAGUAUUUGGUCCCAUAUUCCUAGCACGCAGUGACUACAUCAAGCUUGUGACUCUUCAAACUUGUUGGAUGCAUUUAAAGUUUGUUUUGGUUGUGGUUCAGAUUAUUUUGUGUCCUUUAGAAAUUAAUGGUAAAUGAUGUAUUGUGUCAUUUUGGAGUCACUUUUAUUGCAAAUAAGAAUAUAAUAUGUUUCUAAACACUUCAAGACAUGCUAACCUCUAACCAUUACCAAUAAAAGGGGAGGUUAGCAUGUCUUGGGGAUAUGAUCAUUGACCCUCUGUAACUUUCUCUCUCAUCAUUAUUCACAAUUCAUUCAGGAUUAUCCAUAAUCAUGGUAGCAUCCACAUGAAUGUAGAAGUGUUUAGAAACAUAUUAUAUUCUUAUUUACAAUAAAAGUGACUCCAAAAUGACACAAUACAAGAUUUACCAUUCAUUUCUAUUGGGCACAAAUACAACCAAUACAACCAAAACGAACUGCAAAAUGCAUCCAACAAGUUUGUAGAGUCACAAGCUUGAUGUAAUCAUUGCGUGCGAAUAUGGGACCAAAUACUAGACUUUUGACUACUUUAUUUAUAAGAGUCGUUAAGGGUGUCUAAUUUUGAACACUACCUUUGAGGGUUUUUUCUUUCUUCAUAAACAGAAUAUCUUUCUCUGAGCAAUUAUAUUAGUAUAAUAUAAUUUCCCAAUUUUAUGAGCAUACAGUCAUAAUUGCUCAUCUUUAUUAAGGGUGUCAAUCAUUUUGGACCCCACUGUAUCUAAACCUAUCACCAAAUUACCAACUGGGCAAGUGCCCAUGGGCCCUGACCCCCAGGGGGCCCACAUUGAUUUUGUUAGUCACUCUCACUCAGAUAUCAUAUAAACAUGGCAUAAGUCAUGGCAACAUGUUUAGAACUACAGGGGCAACCAAAUCUUGCUUUGGGCCCCCAAAAAGCUAGGGGUGGCCCUGGGAUGGGUGGAGAUGUUGGUACAAUGCAUGGCUGUCUUAGGUUAACACAUCCUCAUUAGAUGCAGUUACAUACAGAAACAAGUGCACCUCUCAGGACAUUGGUCAGUCAGUUUGUGAGGGGGCAUAUGGUAUCCUUGGUGAUAGUAGGUGGUGUAGAUGGAUCUCAGCUGGCUUAUGUCCAUGUUUAUAUGUGCUGUAUCAUUCUGACUGACCACAGUAAUACAUUAAGGGAACUAUCGGACAGCCACAGGACACUUUAUGUAGUCCCACCCGGCAUCCAUGUUGUUAAGUGGUGGACUGAGCUUGUUUUCAUAUGGUGAGGUGAAAAGGCCUAUGGCCUGGUUUGUCAGUGAGGGGUUUUAAUAGUGUCUUCAGGGAACGUCUCUGUAAUGCUUCUCAUCAGUCACCCUGUAACCCUAAAGUUUCAGCACCUGAAGGUUUUACCAAUACACUGGUCAAGAGAAACGCCCCAGGAGCCAAAUCUGACACAGAUAUGAGUAGACCCCCUCCUCUGACCAACUGAGCCAUGGAUUAAAAAACGAUGCACAUUCGGGCCAAUCAAUAUGUGAGCUUGAGUCGUAAGCAUGUGCAUUCCAUUUUUUCAUAACCAUUGUUAUCCUGUUAUUUUAUGAAUCUGAUAAUUUUGUGUUAUGAUCAUGGUGAUCGUAGUGUCUCUUUUUUCUGUUCAUCACGAAAUAGAUUUGACUAUACGAUUAUAUAACCAUAUACACAUUCUGGGUUUAUGUAGCAUCUGUUAAGCUCACAAUUCCUUCAGGAAUUGGAAUGGAAUCAAGCUUUAGCUGAAACUGUAUCUCUAUCUGAAUCAGCAGGACGGAGUGAGAUACAGAGGGGUGAUACAUUAGAGACAGCAGGUGGGGGUUGUGGGGUUAAAGGAGAGUAAUGUAGAGGAGAUGAGAGGGGGAGUAGACAUAGGGACCUCCUACUCCAAGCCAGGCGGUUGAAAUGCAUCGUGGGUGUAAAGCAAGAGUCCGGGCAGGGGCCAGUAUCAGCUCAACACUGCCAUCUAUCCCACAAUCCCCCUGGGGCUCUGCAAUGAGCUGUUGCUAUGACAACCCACUCCUCCAGCCCAAACUGGAGCAAGUGAUAGGAAGAGGAAGAGAUGGAAGGGAAGGAGUGAACAAUGCUGACAAACAGGCCAUCUUGUUAACAGUUUGCUUAAAGAAUGGGGUUAUGUACCAAUCCUCACACAUUUCCUGUCAGGGUAGAACUGACAGCCAGUUAGCAGUCAAAUAAUAGCUGACAUGGUUUGUUGUGUUUUUGAGCCCAGUGAGUGGCAUAAGGUUGCUUUGGGAGAACUGGGAGCCGUGGGAUGGGCUGGGAUGGGCUGCUCUGUCUUACAUCAUACUGAGCAGUGCUCUGAUAACAACACACUGACGCCUGCUGACGCUCUGCACUGUUUUGUUGUGUUGUAGGACAAUGUCAAUGUUCUACUCUGUGGCUGGACCAGGGGUAUCAUAUUGUAUUCUCUGUUUCGUGACUGUAAUAUAGUCAUAUAACGUUUUGCCACUGUGUAUUCAGCUAUGCGCUGUUACACAAUACUUAUGUAUUCUGCAUGUUUUUCAGUUCCAUGGGUCAGUGCUAGCUGUGUUGCUCUGUGAUAUGUAUCAAACAGUGUGAAUUUAAAAAUGCCAUCCCAAAACCCUUUCUCCUUUUUCUGCUGUGCAGUUAUCCAGCUGUAUGUGAGUUCCUACAGAACAAUAACUUAUUAUCAGUUAUCCGAGCACAUGAAGCACAAGAUGCUGGGUAUGUACUCUCUCUCUCUCUCUCUCUCUCUCUCUCUCUCUCUCUCUCUCUCUCUCUCUCUCUCUCUCUCUCUCUCUCUCUCUCUCUCUCUCUCUCUCUCUCUCUCUCUCUCUCUCUCUCUCUCUCUCUCUCUCUCUCUCUCUCUCUCUCUCUCUCUCUCUCACACACACACACACACACACACACACACACACUUUCAAUAGCUUUCAUACGAUUCAUGAUUCAUCCAGAUGAUUAAUCUGAAAACACCUCCCACUCUCUAUCUGUGGGUGUCCUAUAGCUACCGGAUGUACCGGAAGAGCCAGACUACCGGCUUUCCCUCCCUCAUCACCAUCUUCUCAGCGCCAAACUACCUUGACGUUUACAACAACAAAGGUCAGUCUAUCUGCUCCAUGUAGUUUUUAUAUACACUACCAGUCAAAAGUUUGGACACACCUACUCAUUCAAGGGUUUUUCUUUAUUUUUUUACUAUUUUCUACAUUGUAGAAUAAUAGUGAAGACAUCAAAACUAUGAAAUAACACAUAUGGAAUCAUGUAGUAACCAAAAAAGUGUUAAACAAAUCAAAAUAUAUUUUAUCUUUGAGAUUCUUCAAAGUAGCCACCCUUUGCCUUGAUGACAGCUUUGCACACUCUUGGCAUUCUCUCAACCAGCUUCAUGAGGUAGUCACCUGGAAUGCAUUUCAAUUAAUAGGUGUGCCUUGUUAAAAGUUAAUUUGUGGAAUUUCUUUCCUUCUUAAUGCGUUUGAGCCAAUCAGUUGUGUUGUGACAAGGUAGGGGUGGUAUACAGAAGAUAGUCCUAUUUGGUAAAAUACCAAGUCCAUAUUAUGGCAAGAACAGCUCAAAUAAGCAAAAAUAAAGGACAGUCCAUCAUUACUUUAAGACAUGAAGGUCAGUCAAUCCGGAAAACUUCAAAAACUUUGAAAGUUUCUUCAAGUGCAGUCGCAAAAACCAUCAAGCGCUAUGAUGAAAAUGGCUCUCAUGAGGACCGCCACAGGAAAAGAAGACCCAGAGUUACCUCUGCUACAGAGGAUAAGUUCAUUAGAGUUACCAGCCUCAGAAAUCGGCACUUAACUGCACCUCAGAUUGCAGCCCAAAUAAAUGCUUCACAGAGUUAAAGUAACAGACACAUCUCAACAUCAACUGUUCAGAGGAGACUGCGUGAAUCAGGCCUACAUGGUCGAAUUGCUGCAAAGAAACCACUACUAAAGGACACCAAUAAGAAGAAGAGACUUGCUUGGGCCAAGAAACACGAGCAAUGGACAUUAGACCGUUGGAAAUCUGUCCUUUGGUCUGAUGAGUCCAAAUUUGAGAUUUUUGGUUCCAACCGCCGUGUCUUUGUGAGGACACAUAGUAGGUGAACGGAUGAUCUCCGCAUGUGUGGUUCCCACUGUGAAGCAUGGAGUAGGAGGUGUGAUGGUGCUUUGCUGGUGACACUGUCUGUGAUUUAUUUAGAAUUCAAGGCACACUUAACCAGCAUGGUUACACAGCAUUCUGCAGCGAUACGCCAUCCCAUCUGGUUUGCGCUUAGUGGGACUAUCAUUUGUUUUUCAACAGGACAAUGACCCAAAACACACCUCCAGGCUGUGUAAGGGCUAUUUGACCAAGAAGGAGAGUGAUGGAGUGCUGCAUCAGAUGACCUGGCCUCCACAAUCACCCGACCUCAACCCAAUUGAGAUGGUUUGGGAUGAGUUGGACUGCAGAGUGAAGGAAAAGCAGCCAACAAGUGCUCAGCAUAUACGGGAACUCCUUCAAGACUGUUGGAAAAGCAUACUACAUCAUGAAGCUGCUUGAGAGAAUGCCAAGUGUGUGCAAAGCUGUCAUCAAGGCAAAGGGUGGCUACUUUGAAGAAUCUAAAAUCUAAAAUAUAUUUUGAUUUGUUUAACUUUUUUUUGGUUACUACAUGAUUUCAUGUGUUAUUUCAUAGUUUUGAUGUCUUCACUGUUAUUCUACAAUGUAGAAAAUAGUAAAAAUAAAGAAAAACCCUUGAACGAGUACGUGUGUCCAAACUUUUGACUGGUACUGUUUAUGUAUAUUUCUAUAUUGUUUAUAUAUUGGAUAUAUAAGGGUAUGUAUUUGUAGUGUUAACGUAUGAGUCUAUGUGAACUAGUAUAUACAGUGAGGGAAAAAAGUAUUUGAUCCCCUGCUGAUUUUGUGCGUUUGCCCACUGACAAAUAAAUUAUCAUUCUAUAAUUUUAAUGGUAGGUUUAUUUGAACAGUGAGAGACAGAAUAACAACAAAAAAAUCCAGAAAAAUGCAUGUCAAAAAUGUUAUAAAUUGAUUUGCAUUUUAAUGAGGGAAAUAAGUAUUUGACCCCUCUGCAAAACAUGUACUUGGUGGCAAAACCCUUGUUGGCAAUCACAGAGGUCAGACGUUUCUUGUAGUUUGCACACAUCUCAGGAGGGAUUUUGUCCCACUCCUCUUUGCAGAUCUUCUCCAAGUCAUUAAGGUUUCGAGGCUGACGUUUGUUCAGCUCCCCCCACAGAUUUUCUAUGGGAUUAAGGUCUGGAGACUGGCUAGGCCACUCCAGGACCAUAAUGUGCUUCUUCUUGAGCCACUCCUUUGUUGCCUUGGCCGUGUGUUUUGGGUCAUUGUCAUGCUGGAAUACCCAUCCACAACCCAUUUUCAAUGCCCUGGCUGAGGGAAGGAGGUUCUCACCCAAGAUUUGACGGUACAUGGCCCCGUCCAUUGUCCCUUUGAUGCGGUGAAGUUGUCCUGUCCCCUUAGCAGAAAAACACCCCCAAAGCAUAAUGUUUCCACCUCCAUGUUUGACGGUGGGGAUGGUGUUCUUGGGGUCAUAGGCAGCAUUCCUCCUCAUCCAAACACGGCGAGUUGAGUUGAUGCCAAAGAGCUCGAUUUUGGUCUCAUCUGACCACAACACUUUCACCCAGUUCUCCUCUGAAUCAUUCAGAUGUUCAUUGGCAAACUUCAGAUGGGCAUGUAUAUGUGCUUUCUUGAGCAGGGGGACCUUGCGGGCGCUGCAGGAUUUCAGUCCUUCACGGCAUAGUGUGUUACCAAUUGUUUUCUUGGUGACUAUGGUCCCAGCUGCCUUGAGAUCAUUGACAAGAUCCUCCCGUGUAGUUCUGGGCUGAUUCCUCACCGUUCUCAUGAUCAUUGCAACUCCACGAGGUGAGAUCUUGCAUGGAACCCCAGGCCGAGGGAGAUUGACAGUUAUUUUGUGUUUCUUCCAUUUGCGAAUAAUCGCACCAACUCUUGCUACCUUCUCACCAAGCUGCUUGGCGAUGGUCUUGUAGCCCAUUCCAGCCUUGUGUAGGUCUACAAUCUUGUCCCUGACAUCCUAGGAGAGCUCUUUGGUCUUGGCCAUGGUGGAGAGUUUGGAAUCUGAUUGAUUGAUUGCUUCUGUGGACAGGUGUCUUUUAUACAGGUAACAAACUGAGAUUAGGAGCACUCCCUUUAAGAGUGUGCUCCUAAUCUCAGCUCGUUACCUGUAUAAAAGACACCUGGGAGCCAGAAAUCUUUCUGAUUGAGAGGGGGUCAAAUACUGAUUUCCCUCAUUAAAAUGCAAAUCAAUUUAUAACAUUUUUGACAUGCGUUUUUUAAAUUAUUUAAAAAAAUAUCUGUCUCUCACUGUUCAAAUAAACCUACCAUUAAAAUUAUAGACUGAUCAUUUCUUUGUCAGUGGGCAAACGUACAAAAUCAGCAGGGGAUCAAAUACUUUUUUCCCUUACUGUACGUAGUGAAUGUAUGUUGGAUCAUAUAUGUGUUGGUGAGUGGUGUUCAAUAUGUGGCUUGGUGGAGAUGGAUAGUGGGACAUAGUGAGAGCGUGGGAGGGACUGUCGGUAAGGCUGACUAUCUCUAUGUAGCUAGCUUUAUAUCUCAUGAUGGAACACUUCACUUCUGGGGCUCAAGAAGGGCACCUAAUGGUUGAUCGUCUCAUCUCCUUUCUCUGUCUUUCUGUCGCUGUCCUGUGCCUCUGUCUCUUUCUGUGUCUGUCUCUGUUUCUUUCUCUCUGUGUCUGUCGCUAUGUCUCUGCCUCUCUCGCUCUGUCUCUGCAUCUUUCUGUCUCUUUCUGUGUCUGUCUCUGUCUCUUCCUCUGUUUCUGUCUCUGUUUCAGUCUCUGUUUCUGUCUCUGUCUCUGUCUCUGUCUCUGUUUCUGUCUCUUCCUCUGUUUCUGUCUAUUCCUCUGUCUCUUUCUCUGUCUCUGUCUCUGUUUCUGUCUCUGUUUCUGUUUCUGUCUCUGUCUCUGUUUCUGUCUCUGUUUCUGUUUCUGUUUCUGUCUCUGUCUCUUCCUCUGUUUCUGUCUCUGUCUCUGUUUCUGUUUCUGUUUCUGUUUCUGUAUCUGUUUCUGUUUCUGUCUCUGUUUCUUCCUCUGUUUCUGUUUCUGUUUCUGUCUCUAUUUCUGUCUCUUCCUCUGUUUCUAUCGCUGUCUCUGUUUCUUCCUCUGUUUCUGUCUCUGUCUCUUCCUCUGUUUCUGUCUCUGUUUCUGUUUCUGUCUCUGUCUCUUCCUAUGUUUCUGUCUCUGUUUCUUCCUCUGUUUCUGUCUCUGUCUCUUCCUCUGUUUCUGUCUCUGUCUCUUCCUCUUGUUUCUGUCUCUGUCUCUUCCUCUGUUUCUGUUCUGUCUCUUCGUCUGUUCUGUCUCUUCCUCUGUUUCUGUUCGCUCUGUUUUCUGUCUCUGUUUCUGUCUCUGUUUCUGUCUCUUCCUCUGUUCUCUUCUCUGUUUCUGUCUCUGUUUCUGUCUCUUCUUGUUCUGUCUCUGUUUCUGUCUCUGUUUUCUCGUUCUCUCUGUCUCAUUCUCUGUUUCUUCCUUGUUUUUCUGUUUUGUCUCGCUGUCUCUUCCUCGUUUUGUCUCUUCUCUGUUCUUCUCUGUUUCUGAUCUGUUUCUGUCUCUGUCUCUUCCUAUGUUUCUGUCUCUGUCUCUGUUUCUGUCUCUGUUUCUUUUUUUCUGUUUUGUUGUCUCUGUCUCUGUCUCUGUCUAUGUUUCUGUCUCUUUCUCUGUCUCUUCCUCUGUUUCUGUCUUGUCUGUUUCUGUUUCUGUCUCUUGUUCUUCCUCGGUUUCUGUUUCUGUUUCUAUCUCUGUUUCUGUCUCUGUUUCUGUCUCUUUUCCUCUGUUUCUGUUUCUAUCUCUGUCUCUGUUUCUUCCUAUGUUUCUGUCUCUGUCUCUUCCUCUGUUUCUGUUUCUGUGUCUGUUUCUGUCUGUCUCUUCCUACGUUUAUGUUUCUGUUUCUGUCUCUGUCUCUGUUUCUUCCUAUGUUUCUGUCUCUGUCUCUGUUUCUGUCUCUUCCUCUGUUUCUGUCUCUGUCUCUUCCUCUGUUUCUGUCUCUGUCUCUUCCUCUGUUUCUGUCUCUGUUUCUGUCUCUGUUUCUGUCUCUUCCUAUGUUUCUGUUUCUGUUUCUGUCUCUGUCUCUUCCUAUGUUUCUGUCUCUGUCUCUGUUUCUGUCUCUGUCUCUUCCUCUGUUUCUGUUUUUGUCUCUGUCUCUGUCUCUGUCUCUGUUUCUGUCUCUGUCUCUGUCUCUGUCUCUGUUUCUGUUUCUGUUUCUGUUUCUAUCUCUGUUUCUGUCUCUUUUCCUCUGUUUCUGUUUCUAUCUCUGUCUCUGUUUCUGUCUCCGUCUCUUCCUCUGUUUCUGUUUCUGUCUCUGUUUCUGUCUGUCUCUUCUACUGUAUGUCUCUGUUUCUGUCUCGUUCUUCCUAUGUUUCUGUCUCUUUCCUCGUUCUUCUGUCUCGCGUCUCCGUCUCUUCCUCUGUUUCUGUUUCUGUCUCUGUUUCUGUCUGUCUCUUCCUACGUUUAUGUCUCUGUUUCUGUCUCUGUCUCUUCCUCUGUUUCUGUCUCUGUCUCUGUCUUUCUGUUUCUGUUUCUGUUUCUGUCUCUUCCUCUGUUUCUGUCUCUUCCUCUGUUUCUGUCUCUGUUUCUGUUUCUGUCUCUGUUUCUGUCUCUGUCUCUGUUUCUGUUUCUGUCUCUGUCUCUUCCUCUGUUUCUGUCUCUUCCUCUGUUUCUGUCUCUGUCUCUUCCUCUGUUUCUGUCUCUUCCUCUGUUUCUGUCUCUGUCUCUUCCUCUGUUUCUGUCUCUGUCUCUUCCUCUGUUUCUGUCUCUGUUUCUGUCUCUGUUUCUGUCUCUGUUUCUGUCUCUGUCUCUUCCUAUGUUUCUGUCUCUGUCUCUGUCUCUGUCUCUUCCUCUGUUUCUGUUUUUGUCUCUGUCUCUGUCUCUGUUUCUGUCUCUGUUUCUGUCUCUUCCUAUGUUUCUGUCUCUGUUUCUGUCUCUGUCUCUUCCUAUGUCUCUGUCUCUGUCUCUGUUUCUGUCUCUGUUUCUGUCUCUUCCUAUGUUUCUGUCUCUGUUUCUGUCUCUAUCUCUUCCUCUGUUUCUGUUUUUGUCUCUGUCUCUAUCUCUUCCUCUGUUUCUAUCUCUGUUUCUGUCUCUGUUUCUGUCUCUUCCUCUGUUUCUGUCUCUGUUUCUUCCUAUGUUUCUGUCUCUGUCUCUUCCUCUGUUUCUGUCUCUGUUUCUGUUUCUAUCUCUGUUUCUAUCUCUGUUUCUGUAUGUUUCUUCCUAUAUUUCUGUCUCUGUUUCUGUCUCUUCCUCUGUUUCUGUCUCUGUUUCUGUCUGUCUCUUCCUCUGUUUCUGUUUCUGUCUCUUCCUCUGUUUCUGUCUCUGUGUCUUUCUCUCCCUGUCUGUCGCUAUGUCUUUUUCUCUGUCUGUCUCUGUCUCUCUGUCUGUCUCUGCUAAUCUGUCUCUUUCUCUCUCUGCCUGUCUUCCUGUGCCUCUGUUUCUCUCUCGCUCUGUUGCUCUCUCUUUCUCUCUCUGUCUGUCGCUAUGUCUCUUCCUCUGUCUCUGUCUCUGUCUGUUUAUAUCUCUGUUUCAGUCUCUCUCUCACACACCCACACAAACACAUAUCAAGGUGUGUACCCCCAUAAGACUAUGAAUGUUGCUCCAGCCUACUAUCUUCAGGCCACUCUGAAGAGCCCGUGUAUAAUUAGACCUCUGCUCUGUUUGUAAUUUGAUAGAUUAUUGUUUUAUACAGAUGUAUUUUUGUAUAUAUAUAUAUUUUUUAGAAAAGUUAUUUGUUUGAUGUCAUGGAUUCUGUUACCUCUUUGAGUAAAAAGGCUCCUUCCUGUAGCAUCUGUUUGUCAAGAGACUAAACUCAUAUCAUCAUUAUACUGUAUAUAGUGGAAGAAAAUAAGUUUGAAAUCCUGUCAAUUCACAAGACGGCAUUGUUUUUUCCAUCUCACACCAACGAUUCAUGCCUCCAGUUGCGGACAGAAAACGGAGCAUACGAUGUGCUUCUUCUGCAGACAUAUUCACAGUGACUGAAAGGACCAAAGAAGGUGCUUUUGAAGAAAAAUAUUUUGGAGAAAAAAAAGCAUGUCUUUGAAACAGAGUCAUAAUUAUCCUAGAGCUAGCUCCCAUCAACCACUGCUGUUUCAAAGACAUGCUUUUUUUUCCCAAAAUAUUUUUCUUCAAAAGCACCUUCUUUGGUCCUUUCAGUCACUGUGAAUAUGUCUGCAGAAGAAGCACAUCGUAUGCUCCGUUUUCUGUCCGCAACUGAAGGCAUGAAUCGUUGGUGUGAGAUGGAAAAAACAAUGCCGUCUUGGGAAUUGACAGGAUUUAAAACUUAUUUUCAUGCAUAUGCUUGCAGCAAAAUAACGCAUGCUGCGCCAUUGAUAUAGGAGUGGGCUCAAAAUGGAGAAUUCCACGGCAUUAGUGAUGUACAGCGUGAUGAAUGUAUCACUCGACACACUGAUGGUCAUUUUUUACUGUGUUGUUUCUUUAAACCUACUAGGUUUUGUGUAGUAUGUGUGUAUCCAUGUAGAUGUAGACAUUUUUAUGUUUACAUGACCCUUACAUGACCCUUGUGUUUUUUUCCCCCUCCACAGCUGCAGUACUGAAGUAUGAAAAUAACGUGAUGAACAUCAGGCAGUUCAACUGCUCCCCUCAUCCCUACUGGCUGCCCAACUUCAUGGACGUGUUCACCUGGUCCCUGCCUUUUGUGGGGGAGAAAGGUACCGCCACCACCCUUUCCCAUUCGUUAGUAGAACAUGUCUUUGUGUAAUGAUGACUACGCUGCACUGUUCUGCUGUUUUAAUCCUGUUCAAGCUGAGUGGUGAGAAUCAUCUUAACUUGCUAGUCAAUACAAACGUUCAGCAGGACUCAUCCAUGCUCUCAGACUGAUAUGCUUUAGCAAUAAGGCACGAGGGGGUGUGGUAUAUGGACAAUAUACCACGGCUAAAGGCUGUUGUUAUGCAUGACGCAACACGGAGUGCCUGGUACAGCCCUUAACCGUGGUAUAUUGGCAAUAUACCACAAACCCCCGAGGUGCCUUAUUGCUAUUAUAAACUGGUUACCAACGUAAUUAGAGCAGUAAAAAUACAUGUUUUGUCAUACCCGCGGUAUACCAUGGCUGUCAGCCAAUCAGCAUUCAGGGCUCGACACACCCAGUUUAUAAUGAACAAUGACCCGUGUUCUUCUAUAUUUACCCUCUUGCUACAUUUUAUCAUAAUCAAAUAUGUACAGCAGCGCCCUCAUCUGAUAACCUUUGACCCCUCUCCAGUCACAGAGAUGCUGGUGAACGUGUUGAGCAUCUGCUCUGACGACGAGCUCAUGAAUGACGGAGACGACCAAGAGAUCUUAGAUGGUGAGUCGAUGAUAUACAGUACUGUUAAGAGUCAAUUAGAACUGUAGUGUCUCACACUCCUCUCCCUGGCAUAGGUCCUUAUAAAUAAGUAAGAACAUGUAUUAUUAUGGUAUUCGUACAUUAUAUGACCUCUGGGUUUUUGUUUGUUAUGAGGGGCUCAUUUAAUUACCAGUAAAGAAUAUACAGUGCAUUCGGAAAGUAUUCAGACCCCUUGACUUUUUCCACAUUUUGUUACAUUAUAGCCUUAAUAUAAAAUUGAUUAAAUUGUUUUUCCACCUCAUCAAUCUACACACAAUACCCCAUAAUGACUAAGCAAAAACAGUUUUUUUGAAAUUUUUGCAAAUGUAUUAAAUAUAAAAAAACUGAAAUAUUACAUUUACAUAAGUAUUCAGACCCUUUACUCAGUACUUUGUUGAAGCACCUUUGGCAGCGAUGAAAGCCUUGAUGUCUUCUUGGUAUGUCGCAACAAGCUUGGCACACCUGAAUUUGGGGAGUUUCUCCCACUCUUCUCUGCAGAGCCUCUCAAGCUCUGUCAGGUUGGAUGGGGAGUGUCGCUGCACAGCUAUUUUCAGGUCUCUCCAGAGAUGUUUGAUCGGGUUGAAGUCCAGGCUCUGGCUGGGCCACUCAAGGACAUUCAGAGACUUGUCCCGAAGCCACUCCUGCGUUGUCUUGGCUGUGUGCUUAGGGUCGUUGUCCUGUUGGAAGGUGAACCUUCGCCCCAGUCUGAGGUCCUGAGCACUCUGGAGCAGGUUUUCAUCAAGGAUCUCUCUGUACUUUGCUCCAUUCAUCUUUCCCUCGAUCCUGACUAGGCUCCCAGUCCCUGCCGCUGAAAAACAUCCCCACAGCAUGAUGCUGCCAUCACCAUGCUUCACUGUAGGGAUGGUGCCAGAUUUCCUUCAGACGUGACGCUUGGCAUUCAGGCCAAAGAGUUCAAUCUUGGUUUCAUCAGACCAGAGAAUCUUGUUUCUCAUGGUCUGAGUCCUUUAGGUGCUUUUUGGCAAACUCCAAGCGCACUGUCAUGUGCCUUUUACUGAGGAGUGGCUUCCGUCUGGCCACUCUACCAUAAAGGCCUGAUUGGUGGAAUGCUGCAGAGAUGGUUGUCCUUCUAGAAGGUUCUCCCAUCUCCACAGAGGAACUAUGGAGCUCUUUCAGAGUGACCAUCGGGUUCUUGGUCACCUCCCUGACCAAGGCCCUUCUCCCCCGAUUGCUCAGUUUGGCCGGGUGGCCAGCUCUAGGUAGAGUCUUGGUGGUUCCAAACUUCUUCCAUUUAAGAAUGAUGGAGGCCACUGUGUUCUUGGGGACCUUCAAUGCUGCAGACAGUUUUUGGUACCCUUCCCCAGAUCUGUGUCUCGACACAAUCCUGUCUUGGAGCUCUACGGACAAUUCCUUCAACCUCAUGGCUUGGUUUUUGCUCUGACAUGCACUGUCAACUGUGGGACGAGUUGGACGAGUUGGACGAGAGUUGGACGAGUUGGACGAGAUGUUUCUACAACUUGAUUGGACCUUAUAUAGACAGGUGUGUGCCUUUCCAAAUCAUGUCCAAUCAAUUGAAUUUACCACAGGUGGACUCCAAUCAAGUUGUAGAAACAUCUCAAGGAUUAUCAAUGGAAACAGGAUGCACUUGAGCUCAAUUUUGAGUCUCAUAGCAAAAGGGUCUGAAUACUUAUGUAAAUACGGUGUUUAUGUGUUUUAUGUUAAAUUAGAAAACAUUUCUAAAAACAUUUUUUCGCUUUGUCAUUAUGGGGUAUUGUGUGUAGAUUGAUGAGGUAAAAAAAUAAUUAAUUCAAUUUUAGAAUAAGGCUGUAACGUAACAAAAUGUGGAAAAAGUCAAGGGGUCUGAACACUUUCCGAAUGCAUUGUAAAUGGAUCAUUUCAACGUGGCCCGUAGACUCACUCCUGACGUCUGCCUCUUUCUAGCCAACGCAGCUGCAGCUCGGAAGGAGGUGAUCAGGAACAAGAUCCGCGCCAUUGGGAAAAUGGCAACGAUGUUCAAAGUGCUUCGGUGAGAACGUUCUCCACCUCGCAUUCUACUGUAGCUGUUGCACUUGAACACAUCUCUAACACUGAAUAUAGAGUUAUUAUAAUAGAGUGGAUAUACAGUAGAAGCCCCCCCCCAGAAGCCUACGCAGGGAUGUAGCUCAGUAGAGCAUGGCGUUUGCAACGCCAGGGUUGUGGGUUCGAUUCCCACAGGGGGCCAGUAUAAAAAAGAAUGUAUGCACUCACUAACUGUAAGUCGCUCUGGAUAAGAGCGUCUGCUAAAUGACUUAAAUGUAAUGUAAAUAUAAAUGUACAUGAGUGACCUGUGUGGAUGUCCUCUGACCUGUGUGUGGUCCUCUGACCUGUGUGUGGUCCUCUGACCUGUGUGUGGUCCUCUGACCUGUGUGUGGUGCUAUUCCGUGUGUCCCGCAGGGAGGAGAGUGAGAACGUGUUGACGCUGAAGGGUCUAACUCCUACUGGCAUGCUGCCCAGCGGGGUGCUCUCCGGGGGCAAACAGACCCUGCAGAGUGGUGAGGAAGAGGCCCAGGCCAGGGCUGUUUAUCCCUCCUUCCUUCCCUCCCUCCCUUCCCUCCCUGUCUGUCCGUUCCUCUUUCUAUCACUGUGACUCUUUUCUUUGUCACAGUCUCCAUCGCUCUCCCUCUCUCCCUGGGUCUUUGUCUUCGUAUCCGUCCUCUGGUCCCUUUGUUUCUGACCCAGGUUUGGGCAGCCACCCUUGACUCUGGAGGCCUGCAGAUUCUGCCCCCUUUAGCUAUAGCUCGACACUAGAGAGAGAGAGAGACAGUCAUCUCACCUCACCUGUCAUCUCACCUCACCUGUCAUCUCACCCCACCAGUCAUCUCAUCUCACCUCACCUGUCAUCUCAACUCACCUGUCAUCUCACCUCACCUGUCAUCUCACCUCACCUGUCAUCUCAUCUCAUCUCACCUGUCAUCUCAUCUCACCUGUCAUCUCAUCUCACCUGUCAUCUCACCUCACCUGUCAUCUCACCCCACCAGUCAUCUCAUCUCAUCUCACCUGUCAUCUCAACUCACCUGUCAUCUCAUCUCACCUGUCAUCUCACCCCACCAGUCAUCUCAUCUCACCCCACCAGUCAUCUCAUCUCACCUGUCAUCUCAACUCACCUGUCAUCUCACCCCACCAGUCAUCUCAUCUCACCUGUCAUCUCAUCUCACCUGUCAUCUCACCCCACCAGUCAUCUCAUCUCACCUGUCAUCUCAUCUCACCUGUCAUCUCAUCUCACCUGUCAUCUCAUCUCACCUGUCAUCUCAACUCACCUGUCAUCUCACCCCACCAGUCAUCUCAUCUCACCGCACCUGUCAUCUCAUCUCACCUGUCAUCUCAACUCACCUGUCAUCUCAUCUCACCUGUCAUCUCACCCCACCAGUCAUCUCAUCUCACCUCAGCUGUCAUCUCAUCUCACCUGUCAUCUCACCUCACCUCACCUGUCAUCUCAACUCACCUGUCAUCUCACCCCACCAGUCAUCUCAUCUCACCUCACCUGUCAUCUCAUCUCACCUGUCAUCUCAUCUCACCUGUCAUCUCAUCUCACCUGUCAUCUCACCUCACCAGUCAUCUCACCUCACCAGUCAUCUCAUCUCACCAGUCAUCUCACCUCACCUCUCCUGUCAUCUCACCUCACCUCUCCUGUCAUCUCACCUCACCUCUCCUGUCAUCUCACCUCACCAGUUAUCUCACCUCACCAGUCAUCUCACCUCACCUGUCAUCUCACCUCACCUCACCUGUCAUCUCACCUCACCUGUCAUCUCACCCCACCUGUCAUCUCACCUCACCUGUCAUCUCACCCCACCAGUCAUCUCACCUCACCUCACCAGUCAUCUCACCUCACCUGUCAUCUCAACUCACCUGUCAUCUCACCUCACCUGUCAUCUCACCUGUAUUUACUCCCAUUGAGUUGACCUUUGAAAAUCUGGAUGAGGUGUCUUUCUACUACUAGUCUCUCUAGAACUGCCUCCCACAAUGUUACCAAUGUUCCAGACCUAGGUCUGGGAUUUCCAAGACCAUUCUACUCUGUUGAGUUCAGUCAGGUCCUGUGGCCCUCAAGAGUCUCUCAAGCCCAGCACUGGGGUGUUCCCCAGGCCUCUGGCCACUCAGUCUGGCUGUGUUACUGGGGUACAUGCGUCUCUCACUUCCUGGUCUCUCGCUGGUCUCUAGCUAGCUGCCUAACUACCGUCGGGGGCUGCAUUCUGCAUCUGCAUGGCUUUGCCAGAAGUAACACGCUCCCCUCCUUUCCCCCCCCCAGCCACCACCGAGGCCAUCGAAGCCAUCGACACAGAAACUGAGGACGGAGAAGGUAAAGCUGUGUCCCCGACCCCACCCCUCUCAGCAGGCUGGCCUGCAGGACAUGCAUUGGGUCAACUACCCGUCAGUUACAAUAGUAGUGCAUAUUCAGCCUGCAUUAAACAACAUAUCAGGGGGACAGUUGGAUUUAGAAUGGGUAGCACGGAACUUUGCAGUAUCUUGAUUACAAGAGAUGUCAAUGUAAAUAUCUAAACUAUAUCAGUUAUGAUGUAAGUGUCAAGAGAUGUAUUUGACAUUAAUUACAUGGUGUGCACAGGAAAAACAAAGCCUUUCACAAGUGUGAUCAAGUUUAAUACCUUACAUAGAAAUACAAACACACACAUGUAAACACAUAUAAAUAUAAACACAUGGAUUUGUUAUUGUAUGUAAGUAAUUAAAGCCAUGCAAAGUGAGGUGCUACCAAGAGCUGCAUGAUGGUUUCAGGUAUCUUUUUAUGCUCAGGCAUGAUUCCUUCUUUUAUUUUUUGGAUUUGGCUUAUCUUCCACCCCCAUCUGGUUCAAAGAUGCAUCGCAUGCAGGGAGAACAGGACACAGGCGAGAGCUAAGGUGAAAUACAGUAUGCAUCAUGAAGUCAACUGAAUGGUAUCAUGAGCAUGAUGUGUCAUCUAUGUGAACAAUAGAGUCUCCAAAGAUAGUGAAUAAAUGAAGAAGUCCCACUCAGGCCAUUUACCGUUGAAAAAAAUGGUCAGUGUUCCGGUCUGCUUAAGGGGUGGCUCUCCCAUAGGCACCAAUGCAUUAGCAGCUGGGUCUGGUCUGCUUAGUUCAUUGUCUGUAUAUGAACCAUAAAAAAGGAGCGAGUGAGAUGUCUCGCUUCCUCUUCCGUCUCCGGAGUCUCUGGACACCUGAUGCUCUCACAAUGACCUGACAAUGUCAUGAUGCAGCAAUUGACAGCCGCAGUUAAACAACUGCCUGCAUCACGACAGGGUUAAGUGAAUGGGCAUGAACUUACACACUAACAGGACGAUGUAUGGAGUAUGACAUGAUUAUGUCAUGCAACUGGUACUGUAAUGUCAUGUUGGCUUCAUGAUACAUAAUUAUAACAACCGUAAACAAGGGUGCUAUUCUAGUAAACAAGGGUGCUCUUCCACGAGGGGAAGUUUGUCUAAGUUAUUAAAGGAAGGUGCCAUUCUAGUAAACAAAGGUGCAAUUCUAGUAAAGGAGGGUGCAAUUCUAGUAAACAUGGGUGUCAUUUUAGUACAGGACAGGAGGGUGCUGAGUCGUUGACUCAUUCUCUCAGAUGAGCCUGUGGAUAUCUCAAGGUUUCUGAUAUCACUCUGUCCACAAUUACAUCUAUUCAAAUCCUCCCCCAACAGUUAUUUUUUUCUUCUCCUCAAGACCAGUAUGUUUCUUUUACGCCUGCUACAUUAGGUUAGCCCAAUUCUGAUAUUUUUUUCCACUAAUUGAUAUUUUGACCAAUCACAUCAGAUCUUUUCACAGCAGAUCUUUUUCAGAGCUGAUUUGAUUGGUCAAAAGACCAAUAAGUGAAAAUAAAUAUCAGAAUUGGGUUGCCUGUCUAAACACAGCCUAUUGCAUUCAGGCCAAAGUAUGGUACUUCCCAAUAAUAUUUUAUGUAAAAAGCAUAUACUGUAGGCUAUGUUUAACCAUUUUCAUAUGAGAGUGCACAAAGAGGUAUUUCAAAGGAUUUAAAAUCAAGGUUUAUCAGUUAUAAAUUAUAUCAUGAUACAGUGAUACUGAUCCCCUGUAUGUCCUCUCUCUCCUCCUACCUGUCCUCCCUGCAGCCAUCCGUGGGUUUUCUCCCCAGCAUAAGAUUGCCAGCUUCGAGGAGGCCAAGGGCCUAGACCGUAUCAACGAGCGUAUGCCUCCCCGCAGAGUCGGGGUCAACCACGUGGGACAGUCCAUGGGCAAGAUGAACAUGUCCGAGGCCAACGGCACAGAAGACAAUGACAAUGACAACAGCAACAGCCAGUGAUGCUUCGUCCUGUGGCCCGCCCUAGAGUCCAUGCGACUGCCGUGCUGUGCGCCAAGAAGUCGCCAAAUCGUGAUAUCAGGCCUCAGAAUAUAGACAAAACAUAACACACCCACAGACACAACACAACAUCUGCAUCUACCGCCUGCUGCUCUUUCAUCCAAUUAGAGAAACGAAUCAAAUGUUAAAUCUCUUAUUCAAAUGGGUAAGGUGGUUUAUUUUUUAGACGGCAGGUCACCACAAAGGGAAACUGAGCACAGACGGGAGGGGGGUAGUGGGGUCAGAGCUUAGGGCAGGGACAGGGAGGAGGAGAGGAGAGGCCAGCGGGGCGGGAUG